UGACUGGCUGGUUCACUCCCCUUUUCUUAAGUCAGAGAGCAACAGUAGGUUGUUGUUGAGAGCACAUGUUCUCUCUGAUUAGUUCAGUCAGUCCUCUCUGUGUGUUAAAGGAAGAUCAUAUCAAAGCUCUUGGUUUCUCCUCUGAUAAAGGUGAGUGUAAUAUUUUCUUUAAUUUUGUUUAAUUUUGUUUUCUGAUUCGAUGAUAUAUAGAUUAAAUGUAUCACUAGCAAUGUUAAGUUCACAUCUAAAGGGAAACAAGUAGAUUUAAUAUUGUGACUAAAAAUAAUCAGAGAUGAAGUGGAUGUAUUAACUUGAUGCUUCUGCUAAAUAUGAUCUGCCCCAAGACUGUAGCUUUGAUUUGUUUAUAUCUAUUGAAACUUUAUUCAUUUUGUUUGUGUUCCACAAGCCUGCUGGAGAAAAAUAUGUGGUUUUGUCCUUUUAAUCAGCACAGACUCUAAACAUUCCAUCACAUAACAGUCUGUUUAACUCCGCAGCUAAUUCCCAAACAAUCAGCUCUCUAUGGGUGAUGAAUGGCUUAGAAUUUAAAUAUGAAUCUAUGCAUCAGAUAUGAUUGCUUGUAGUUCGGCCUCUGCUUUUAAAUUAUAGAAGUUAUACAAUCCUGGUUUGUACAAAACUUGUACAAUUAAACGUCUCUAUGGAACUUUUGUUUCUAGAAUUCCAAUGGUACAAACUCUUCUUCAGUUCAAUAUUUCAAUGUACAUAUUUAAUAUUCCCAGCUGUUAUUCACUUAUUUCUGACAAGUGAUUUAUAUGCUCAGCUACCAGAGCUAAAACAAAUUAAAGAAAAUAGCUCUAUAAUCUAUAGAAAGGGAACUUAAUGUCAUCAAAUUAGGGUUUGGAAUUUCUGAGAUUGUUGAGAUUUUCCACGUAACCCUUUUCCGCUAAAGAUUAAAUAAAAAUUACAGUGUCUAUACAUAACAGAAAUAUCCAUAUGACAUUUACUGAUCUUAAAUUAUUACUGAAAAAAAAAUAAACCUUUGGGGAGCAAAGCAGUACUCAUUAAACACGAAAAGAAUUUACAUUUUUUUUUAAAAACUGAUGUAUUGUUAUUAUUUAAAAUAAAGAAUUCAUUUAGAGAAUGUAGUGGGAUACUGAGAUAGUUUUGAUAGAACAUCUAGUUCAAUAUAAUUCAGUGUGAGCUCAGCAGGUUGAUGUUUGGUUUCUCAGAAGACAAGACAUUAUGAUUGGCAAGGUGAUAGUAUUUAGGGAAGAAAAUAUGUCAUUUUGUAAUAAUGGCUAAAGAAGAGAUUAAAUGCUUUAAAAGUUUAACAAGAUUACAUUGUAGAUAUGAUGUAUUAUGUAAAGGAUGCAAAAUUCACUGCGGAAAUCGUAUCAUUAGAAUGAAAAUUAUGUUUUAUGCUAUUAAGUUAUUACUCAAGUUAAGUUAUAAUGAAUUAAUAACAUUCAUAAACAGAUUGUGCGCUCAGCAGUGAGCUCUAAUGAGUUGGAACUAACGUCAAAAACUUACGAAAGUUUGAAAAGGUUGCAAAAAAGUUGUAAAAAAAAACCCCCAAAAAACCUGUAUCUUGCUGAAUGAGUAAAUAUAUUUUAAGAUCUCUGCCAGAUUUACCUACAUUUUGUGAUUCAAUUAUCAACUAUCAACUUGGGUUACUUGCUACAUAUUGUUAUGACGAUUAUGUCACUUAAAAUAAAUACGAGACAAGUAAGGGAGUUGCACCACAGAUCCUGUACAGUCUAACUCUCAUCACUCCCAGGCUGUAACAGUCAGUCAGUCAUAUAGAUCUGUCUUUUUCUAUCAAGAUGUUACAACCAUUGUGAAUUAUUUACUACAUUCAUCUAGCUUGAAAUUAAACAGGUGCAAGGGUACAAUUUAUCACUAGAAAUUAGAUCCAGUGGAAAUACAUAUUGUCAGCAGAAAAAACUGUAUUAAAUCCAAGAUACAAGUUAAUUAAUUAUGAGGAGCUUUCAGGAAAGAAUUUAGUGCUUAAUGAGCAGCGUUAGUGAUAUUUCUGCUUUCUAUUCUAUUUUCUAGAGAUUUGUAGGAAAUGCUCAAUGCAGUAAAUGAUCUUUAGAAUAGAGAAGACCAAAAGGUGUAUCACAGCUCAGACUGGCAAAAUUCAUUUUAAAUGUAAUUCUGCAUUGGCUGGGGAUCAAUCUUUUGGCCACCGUUGCUUUAAAAUGUAUUCUUCAAUGGCAUGGGGCACUUAACUAAGGCGUUGGUUAGUGCUUGUUUAUGUAUCAUAAGUAUACAUGUAUUGGCCGCACUAUGCACAAUAAAUAUACAUCUACUAACCCAUACAUAUAAUUGAAUCUAUAUAUAUGUAUCUAACACAUUGCAUUUUGUAUAAAAUUGUAUUCUCUUCAAAUUACCAGGGUAUUAUUAUUGAAGGGCUGUGGGAUAGAGACAUACAAAAGGGACUAGAGGGGACAAAGAUACACACAAGGGGCUGGGGGGAAGAGACACACAGUGGUUGUGGAGGAAAAAAACAGAAACACUAAAGGGCUGGAUGGAAGAGACACACAAUGGGAGCUGGGGAAAAUAAGACACACAAAAGGGGCUGGGAGGAAAAGACACACAUGGGGCUGGGGUGGAAGUGACACACACAGGGGCUCUGUACAAAAAUGCACAUGAGGGGCUAGGGGAGAGAAACAAACACAGGGGCUUGGGAAGGGGAGAAAGAGACACACAAAAGGGGAUGUGGGGAAAGAGACAUACGAAAAGGGUUGUGGGGGAGAAAGAGACACACAAAGGGGCAUGGGGGGAGUAAGAAACUCACAAAGGGGCUGGGGGAGAAAGAGACACACACAAAGGGGAUUGGGGAAGUAAGAGACACAAGGGGAAAAUGGGGAGUAAAAUACACUAAAUGGGGUGUAGGACACAAAAGAGGGGAUAAGAAACACAAAAAGGGGUACAAAAUGCAAAAGGGGUUAAGAAACACAUAAGAAGAUGUGUUUUUUUGGAAGGGAGGACGGCAAAAUGCAUCUUUGUCUGUGUAGCCCAAAAUCCUUGCACAAGCCCUAUUCACAUCUCACUGAUUCGUAAUUAGUAUCAUUGAGAAACCUGUGCUGUUUAAUCUAGUCUCACAAUCUCUCACUUCGAAGAUAGACCCUGAUUGCAAACUGGGUUAGAUUUCCUCCUACCAGAUGCUCAUUCUCAUUCUCAGCAUUCUUCAAGAGAGUUUCCCAUUAAUUUGUGAAUGAAUGAUAUCAUACCCAUGACUUCAUUGCACACACAUCUGCAUGAGUAGCCUUGCAGUCCAUUCCUAUAGGAAAUCUGAGAACUUGCAUGUGAUGUCACAUUGGAGUGCAUGAUCACUAACAUUCCCAUAGAAAGCUACGAGAAGUCAGUGAUUGGCUGAGAAAUGCCCAACAAUUAAAAAACAGAGGGGGUGGAUCAGAACCAUGGGGGAAAAAGGAGAGUUUUUAAUUUAUUUGUUUUUUUAAUGAAAUGCAUAAUUUCCAAUAAAAAUAACAUUACGUUUAUUUGCAAAAUAGCAAAUUGCAGAGAAUCGAAAACCUAAUUGCACAAUCCAGAUCUUUUUUCCAACUUGACUCCUUUAGCUUAGUUUCAGCAAUUCAGUUUUAAAUUCACCACAAUCUAGUAUUUAGUUAAAAAAAAUGCAGUGUAACAUUCUAAUUAAAACAUAAAAAAUGCUAUAAAGAGUUUGUCACUAAACAUCUGGACAUCUGGAGAGAAUGGAUGAGGGAAUUGGUUAGUUUACAAGGAAUUAAUUGAUAACAAAUUCUCCACUUCUUUUAUUUUGACUUAAAAUUUGCAAUUUACUUGUAAUUUACUUGUACUUUCUCGACAAUUCCUGUUUCUUUUUUUUUAACUACGUGAACCAUGCUAAAACUAUAUAUGUUUGUGUCAGCAUGUCCUGUAGUAAUAUAUUAUUUAUGUAUGUAUGUAUGUAUGUAUGUAUGUGCCAACAUGUUCUGUAGUGUUGUAGAGAGGAGCUGUGAAAUUUGAGACACACUGAAAUCGAUGUUAUAAAAUAGCCUUUUUGUUUAAACAAGUUCAAUUUUACCUUGAGGAUCUGUCAAGACAAAACAGACUAAACAUUAGAUGUCCUAUUAGAUGAGUUAUUCUUUUCUAGUCUAAAACAUAAAAGGAAUAUUCAAAUAAUAAAAAUUAUAUCCUUUAUCCAAACGCUCAUAUUUUUUUCAUAUGAUUUUUUCACUCAUCAGUAUGAUAUUAAAUUUUUAUAGCUUUGCUUAUUUUAUUUAUUUAUUUAUUUUGUUACAUCUCCUAAUAUUAUUGUUAAUAGCUUCAGAUCCUGCAGUGGUGCACGAAAGAUACGAUUCACUGAUUCCAAUUUUUGACCCGAAUAAUGUUGCAAAAUAAACAAAAAAGUUUGAUACAAGAUGAGUACAAUUCACAGGCUCGAGUGGUUGUAAUGGUACCCCUAUCUCUUUUUAACGUAAAUGAGGACUUAUCUCAUCAGCUGGGAAACUUUCUGUUUGUGUUAAUUCCCAAAUUAGGUAAAACCUGUCUAAGUUCCACCGAGUAAAACGUUUACAGGGAACCCCUUUUUUGGGGGGAUUUUUCUGUAGAUAAAACCAUGUUAGAUAUUUCUCCUAUUUUUCCUAAGGAAAAUAACAGCUGUGCUCCAUUUGACAACUAGUGAAUUACCCCUUAAAUGCAUCUGUAUGGAGUUAUGUAUAUAAUUACAUUAGACUGAUAUGAAUAUUGGUCAGCGCAUCAUGUUAUAAUACCCCAUUCACAUCUUAUAUUACAGUUGUCUGCUAGUCCACUGGCAGGUGUAGUGGCCAUUAAGUUCAGAGAAGAGGCAUCCUCCAACUGGCCAGAUGACUAAAAGUAACGGGGAAGACACACGAUCAGGGAACAGGAUGGAGCGUUUCCAGCAAGGGGUUCGCCAGCGCUCCUUAUCGGCAAAAAAAAAAAUGCAAAACAUAACAAGAGAAGAUGUCAAAACCUUUUUCCGUCGGAAUGGAUUUGUUCUUUUCACUAUCUCUGCCGUCAUCAUUGGUAAGUGUGUAAAAAAAUGUAUUUCUGUGUUUAUAUUUACUACCUUGUCUUAACUCUCCCAUAAAUUGUAAAUAAAACUGAAUGCAAUGUUCAAACUAUUAGCUCUUAAGUAAAAAUGACAGAUCUUUAAUGAAAUGUCAUAAAUGUGGUCUGUGCAAGACGUCUGUAGAUGUGAAGCGUACCUUUACUGAUUUUUCUCAAACUGGUGGAGCUCUAUAAACAGCAGUUCUACGUCAAGGUUCUAAAAAUGACAGUCAGAAGCAGUCUGAAGAAAUAUUUAAUUACUGUAUUUUUCCAUGUAUAAGCUGCCCCCAUGUAUAAGACAACACCUAUUUUUUGAGCCCCAAAUUAAGAAAUCAAUAUUUUAAACAUCAAAUAGAACAACUUUGAUAUUUUAGAGGUGACUUCUGAGGAGAACAACACACUUCUGAUUCUCAUGCCUCCCCUGUGCUACGCUACCCUGUGAAGUUUUUGGCUCUAUAGUGCAUGCUGGGAGACUACAGCUCCCACAAUACAUCAGGUGGUUUGAGGGCAUGCUGGGAGACUACAGCUCCCACAAUACAGCAUGUGGUGGGAGGGCAUGCUGGGAGACUACAGCUCCCACAAUACAUCAGGUGGUAUGAGGGCAUGCUGGGAGACUACAGCUCCCACAAUACAGCAGGUGGUGUGAGGGCAUCAUGGGACUUCACAGUAGUAUUCCCUCUGCUCCCUGAUACCCAUUUUCUCCCCCAUAAAUAUAUAAAAAAAGACCUACCUGUGGUGAAGCAAACCUUAAUAUGGCUGCUUCUUUUAUGGUGUGGCAUUUCUCUGGAUCUCCGUUGGUGGUAAGUGCUGAUGUCUGCUGCAGCUCCCACGCAUAUAGGGACCUCUUCCUCAUUCAGAAGCAUUCAGAAGUGGAUCGGCGGGAGGGAGGCCAGGAAUGAGUGUCAGCCAAGGCUCAUUGAAAUGCGUCAGGCGCCAUCUUAACUUAGGCCCAGCGCACAAAUGUUUUUUUAAACCCCUGCAGUGACAUUCCUUGUAUAAGAUGACCCCCAAUUUUAGACUAAACAUUUUUAGAAAAAACAUGGUAAAAUACAGUAGUUAGCAUAGUGACUGCAUCAAAUUUAGAAUUUUGACGAGUGGGGUUUAAACGUAAACCACAUAGUAGUUUAUGAUAAAUGCAUUGGUACCUGAGACAAAUUAUUAUAGCUAAGCAGAAUAAAUCUAGCAUUAACAUGUCAGCUUCCUAGUCCAAGGAGAGAUCUGAUUGUCAUUCUGGGGUUGAGAAGGAAUUUUAUCCUAGCCAGAGAAAUCGGAAAGCGCUUCAGACAUAGUCAGAUUAAUAUUGCCAAGGGCCCUAGGCAGCAUUCCAGAUUGAGACCCCUUCCUAGAGCCCUGGGCCCUUAUGCAGAUGCUGCCUCACACAGAGGCAUACAUUCGCAGAUACACUUACCUUCAUUUAUGUUUACUUUCUCACACUUACUCACACAUACAGAAACACUCACAGAUUCACCAUUAUAAACAUAUAUUACAAACACAGAUACGCAACGCCACACACAUAGACACACUGCCACAGAUAUAUCCAAACAGAUAUACAAUGCCACACAGAGAUACACAUUGCCACAUACAUAUACGUAGAUACAUACUGCCAUACAAACUGCCACAGAGAUACACAGCACGUACAAACAUAUGCACACAGACAAACAUAUACAAAAUCAGAUAUACAGACACACAUAUACACAUACAGAUACUACCAUAUACAUAUACACAGCAAAUACAAACAUACACACAGACAUAGUACAUAUACACCGACAUCAAUAUACAUAGAUGCAUACUACCACACAAGCACACAGAUAGAUACUACCAUACACACUGCCACACACAUAUACACAGAAUAUACAAGUAUACACACACACAAACAGAUACACAUACACACAUAUACACCAGAGGUGUAACUAGAAACCACAGGGCCCCAGUGCGAAAAAUGCCCUGGUCCUCCCCCCCAUGAAUCUCCCGCCCCCCCCACACACAUACAGAUAAACAGACAAACACACUGACAUACAUGCAGAUACAGACAAUAUAACACAUGCUAAUACACAGACUCACAGACAAGCUCACUGACACACAUACAAGCUCACUCACUAGCAGGCACACACACACACACACACACACACACACAAACUCACUAGCAGGAACACACACACAGAAGCUCCCUCACUGGCAGAUGCACACACACACACAGAAGCUCACUCACUAGCAGAUGCGCGCGCACACACACACAGAAGCUCGCUCACUCACUAGCAGAUGUACACACACACAAAGACAUCCACACACACAGAGGCAGACAUGCACACACACAGAGACAGGCAGACAGCCACACACACACACACACACAGGCAGACAGUCACACACACACUCAGGCAGUCACACACACACACAGGCAGACAGUUACACACUCACAGGCAGACAGUCACACACACACACACACACACAGGCACAGUCACACACCUCAGGCAGUCACACACACACACACAGGCAGACAGUCACACACACACACACACAGGCAGACAAUCACACACACACAGUCACACACACAGGCAGACACACACACAGGCUGACAGACAGACACACACACAGGCAGUCACACACAUACACACUGGCAGUCACACACAAACACACACACACACACACACAGGCAGUCACACACAUACACACACUCACAUACACACACACAGGCAGUCACACACACACAUACAGGCAGUCACACACACACACACACACACACACACACAGGCAGUCACACGCACACACACAGGCAGUCACACACACACUCACAGGCAGUCACACACAGCCAUCCUUUGGAGCUCCUGGAGGCUGGUUGUUGGGGAAGCAGGGACUCCUUCCUGCUUCCCAUGCUGCAGUUACCAGGGCCCCCGCCGCACAGUAAGCCCUGUCGCACGCUUAGCUCUGCCCCCGCUGCAAUAUUUUUUUUUACAUACCUGGCCGGCCAUGUGUGAGCUGUGCCGGCCGCAUUGCUCCCCCUGCUCCCAUGGGGCCCUGUGCGGCCGCACAGCUCACACAUGGCUGGCUGGCAUUAUAGGAGCCUGAUGUUACGCUACUUGGGUGAUUUGGAUUGGAACUCAACUACAGCUUGUAAAACUCCCUAAUUACAAUAGUGAAGAAGCGGAGAAUCUUCAAAGUAUCAAUACUGUAGCUUUAAGAAAGGAGAGGAUUGCUGGCACUUUGAGAAUCAAAUGAAGUUUUAAUAAUUGUUGAACUUAAUGAAUUGCAUUUAGGCAAUAAUCCAAUAAGAAUAAGUGAAAGUCAUUAAACAAUACAAAGUUCAUCAAUAAGUAUUUCCUCAGAGAUAUAUUAAAUAAGAUUCAUUAGGUUGCUAGGAAUAAUCUUCAAUAAUGAUAUUUAGCAGGUAGCAAAGUAUUUGCAAAGCAAGAAACAGUUCCUAAUGAUUAAGCUUGAUGGGAGUUAUCCUCCAUAUAAUUAGUAGCUUGAAGCAGUGAAGUUUUAAGCAAGCAGUAAUAGUUCAUCAAUAAAUGAGAUAGACAAUAGCUGAAAGGUAUACUUAAGGUUAAGGUGAGUUAUCCUCCAAGAGUUCAGAGUUAUAGUCCACUUGAUAAUUAACAAGUAUCAGUUCUCCAGUAAUCCUCCAUGGCAUGCAGUAUCAUCCAUGUAUUAGCUUAAAGGCUAGGAUGGCUUGUCAGAGUCUAUGGAGCCGGCGUGUAUACCAGGAAGUCGGUCCCACAUUGUCAGAGCUGGCGAGUAUGGAGGAAGUAGGUCACACAAUCACCAAGCGUCCUCUCUCUGGCGCGGACUGCUAAAGUACAGUCAGAGCCGAAUCAGAGGGGGGCGUGGUCAGCUCCGCAUCGCGGAAUUUCCGAACCCGGAAGUGUUACCGCAUGACACCUGAUCACUGAUUAGGGCUGUCAGCCCAGCCCCAGGUGCCGCAGCACACCGGGAUACACAGACACACAUAAAGACACACAUAAAGACAGAUACACAUAUAGACACACAUGCAGAUACACAUACAUACACAUAUGCAGACAAACAGAUACACAUACACCUAAAGACACACAGACACACAUGCGGGUACACAGACACAUAUAAAGACAGAUACACAUAUAGACACACAUGCAGAUACACAGACACACUUAAUGCCAAACAUUUGGAUACACAGAAUGACACUCAUACAGAUACAAACAGUAACACACACAGAUACAUAGGGGCAUACACUGACACACAUGCUGAUACACAGACACACUUAAUGCCAAACAUUUGGAUACACAGAAUGACACUCAUACAGAUACAAACAGUAACACACACAGUAACACACACAGAUACAUAGGGGCAUACACUGACACACAUGCUGAAGUGGCCCCGGUGGUUAUUCCGGAGCUUACUGUGUGGCGGGGGCCCUGGUAACUGCAGCAUGAGAAGGAGGCAGGAGUCCCUGCUUCCUCAACAACCAGCCUCCAGGUGCUCCAAGGGAUGUAAAGGUAAGAAGGAGGUCAGUGUGUCUGUGUGUGACUGCCUGUGUGUGUGUGUGUCUGUCUGUCUGUCAGCCUGUGUGUGUGUCUGCCUGUGUGUGUGUGUGUGUGUGUGUGACUGCCUGUGAGUGUGUGACUGUCUUCCUGUGUGUGUGUGUGUGUGACUGUCUGCCUGUGUGUGUGUGAUUGUCUGCCUGUGUGUGUGUGUGACUGUCUGCCUGUGUGUGUGUGUGUGUGACUGCCUGUGAGUAUGUGACUGUCUGCCUGUGUGUGUGUGUGUGUGUGUGUGACUGUCUGCCUGUGAGUGUGUGACUGUCUGCCUGUGUGUGUGUGUGUGUGUGUGACUGUCUGCCUGUGUGUGUGUGUGUGUGUGGCUGUCUGCCUGUCUCUGUGUGUGUGGAUGUCUGCCUCUGUGUGUAUGGAUGUCUUUGUGUGUGCAUCUGCUAGUGAGUGAGCGAGCUUCUGUGUGUGUGUGCACGCACAUCUGCUAGUGAGUGAGCUUCUGUGUGUGUGUGUGCAUCUGCUAGCGAAAGAGCUUCUGUGUGUGUGCACCUGCUGGUGAGUUUGUGUGUGUGUGUGUGUGUGUGUGUGUGCCUGCUAGUGAGUGAGCUUGUAUGUGUGUCAGUGAGCUUGAAUGUAGAGAUCAUAUGUGUGUGUGCGUGUUAGUGAGCUUGUCUGUAGGGAGCACGAGUGUGUCUGAGCCUGUCUGUGGUGAGCAUGUGUGUACAGUGAGCUUUUCUCUAGUAAGCAUGUUGGGAUCGUGAGCUUGUCUGUGGUGACCAUAUGUGUGUCAGUAAGCUUAUCUGUAGUGAGCAUGUGUGUGUCAGUGAGCUUGUCUGUAGUGAAUCUGUGUGUUAGUGAGCUCUUCUGUAGAGCGAAAAUGUGUGUCAAUGGGGUUGUCUGUAGGGAGAGUGUGUGCACAUCAGUGAGCUUGUCUGUAGUGAGCGUGUGUGUGUGACAGUGAGCUUGUCUGUAGUAAGCUUGUGUGUGUAUCAGAGUUUGUCUGUACUAAAUUUGUGUGUGUGCCAGUAACCUUGUCUGUGUGUGUCAUUGAGAUUGUCUGUCAAUGAGCCUAUUUGUGUGCAUCAGUAAGAUUGUCUGUGUCUGUAUGUGAGUAUGCUUUACUGUAUAAUUUGUAUACCCUGAAAGGACUAAUAUAUAUUAUUGAUACAUUUCUUCUUCUAAUUCAAAAUAUAAUAUAUAUAUAGAUUGUGAAAGAAACGGCAGCACUCACGGUCUCCACUUAAAAUCUUCUUUUAUUUGCAAGAUUAAAACAUGGAUCAACAUUUCAGUCCCUAAGUGAGACUUUCUUCAGGAUCAAUAUCAUAUCAUAUUGAUCCUGAAGAAAGUCCCACUUAGGAAAUUAAAUGUUGAUCCAUGUUUUAAUCUUGCAAAUAAAAGAUUUUAAGUGAAGACCGUGAGUGCUGCCCUUUCUUUCACAAUCUGGAUACCAAAGUCCCAGGCUUAAGCACCCAGCAAGUAUAUACCACUGGAGCCUGUGUGCAAGGAUUUUCCCAGUAUUUAUAUAUAUAUAUAUAUGUAUGUGUGUGUGUAUAUAUAUAUAUAUAUAUAUAUAUAUAUAUACAUAUAUAACACACCCUACAUAGCACAAUGACUUAUGGGGCUGGCAUAGAUUUUUUUCCGGGGCUGCUUCGUAUCCCCAGUCCGGCCCUGUGUAAAACCAGCAGUUUGACAAAAGAUGGAGCUUUGUAAAGCUCCACGUUCUUUGUCAACUUUACUAUUGGCCAUGUGUAUACUCACCCCCAUCCAGCACCACAUCACUUUCUGAAGCAGCAUGUCAACGACCAUUGCUUGCAGACAAUAUCACAACCCAAGCUCUACGAGAACCAAAGCAAUAGGUGGCUGGAAUCUGCAUAUAAGGAACAUUUCAAUUAAUGCCAAAUCAAUCCUGGACCAAAAUGCCAUGCAGUGUUUAACGGUACCAUUCAUCAUAUUAUGACAACAAAACCAAAUUGGUACACUGAUGGCAGUUGCCAUUAUGUACAAGGGAGGAGGAUAUUUUUUAUUUAUUUAUAAAAUAUUUUACCAGGAAAGAUACAUUGAGAUUUCUCUUGUUUUCAAGUAUGUCCUGGGUCCACAAAAUAUUGCAUUUAUACAUUAUAGUACAAUAAAAUACAAAAACAAUAUUAAUUCACAAUAUAUACAAAAUUUAACAUAGAAAGGGUAAGAAAUAUAUAAUCAACCAUGACAGGUGCAUUCUGUUUUGAGGUAUGUAGAGAGGGAUCUCUUAAAGGACUUUAGGCUUAGGGAAGAUUUUAAAUUGUGCGGGAGGUCGUUCCACAAUUGCGGUGCUCUGUAGGAGAAGGAGGAUCGGGCCGUUUUCUUUUUGUAUUGAGGUAGACUAAAUAAAGUGUUGGUACUGGAUCGGAGUUUAUAGGAAGUGGGAACAGUUGGGGAAAGCAUUUUGUUCAGGUAGGGUGGGAGUUUCCCAGAAAAGCUCUUAAACACAAGGCUGGAAAGAUGAAGGGUGCGUCUGGAUUCCAGUGACAGCCAGUUUAGUUCUUAUAGCAUGUCACAAUGGUGGGUCCUGUAAUUACAUUGUAGCACAAAUCGGCAGAACAAGUUAUACACUGUAUUGAGUUUAUUAAUGUGGGAUUGCGGUGCAGAUGCAUAUACUACAUCCCCAUAAUCAAUGAUUGGCAUCAGCAUUUGCUGUACAAUCUUUUCCUUUAGUGUAGGGCUUAGGCAGGAUUUAUUUCUGUACAGGGCACCUAGUUUUGGAUAAAGUUUAGAUGCAAGCUUUUCUAUGUAGAGGCCAUAAGAUAGAUUGGGGUCUAACAACAUACCCAGGUAUUUGAAAGAGUGGACUGCGGUCAGUGUGCUAUUUGAAUUUGUUUUGAUGGAUAGGUGGGAAUUUUGUAAUAUAUGUAAUUUAGGUACUGUUCCAAAGAUCAUUGUGACACUUUUGUCAGUGUUUAGGAAGACUUUGUUUUUUGUGAUCCACUUUUUUACCUCUGUAAACUGGUCUUGGAGCACAGUCUCAAGCUGCGGUAGAUUGGAUUUGCUCGCAUAGAUACUCUGUCGUCUGCGUAUAUGUGUACAUUUGAGGAGACAUUAGGCAGAUCAUUUAUAAAUCAUCUAAAUAGUAGGGGGCUGAAAAUGGAACCUUGGGGAACACCACACAUGACUGGGAGAGGGAGGGAGUCGCUAUCAGAAAUGGGCACAUAUUGUGAGGGAUCCGAUACAUAUGAUCGAAACCAGGUUAGUGAACAAUCAGCAAUACCUGAGUUUUUGAGUUUGUGCAGUAGAAUGUCGUGGUCUACUAUGUCAAAGUCCUUUGCGAAAUCAAGGAAAAUAACUCCAGUUAGGUCUCCUUGUUCCAUGCCAGUUUGGAUGUCAUUGCAUACUUUUAAGAGGGCAGUUGUAGUGGAGUGAUUCGGGCAAAAUCCCGAUUGAUCAUGGGUCAGAUAGUUUGAUUGUUGGUAGUACUCACAUAGUUGCAUAUGGACACAUUUUUCAAAGAUUUCUGACAAUACCAGGAGCAGUGAUAUUGGGCGAUAGAAACCAAAGUAGUGUCACCACUGUUAUGGAUAGGCACUACUCUCGCAGUCUUCCAAAGUUUGGGUAUGUAUCCAGACACCAAGGAUAAAUAGGGUUGCCACGGGUUUAGCAAUUGCCGGCGCAAUGAGCUUCAACAGCAUUGAUGCUUGAUAAGUUAUAUCAUUAUUUAAGUUCAAGAUCAAAGCUUACUCUGCACUGUAUACAUAAUUGCCUGGGAUCAUUGAAUAAAAAGGAAAAAAGUAAUUAAAAAAAAGUACAUUAGCUAUUGUUCUUGAUAAUGAUUGGGUCUUCAGAGGAACAUGUCUAAUGUUAAAAUGGUGGGAGAAUAACCAGUUCUUAGCCUAAGACGGAUCCCGUGUUAAGUUCCAAAACUUACAGCAGCUAAUGGAAAAAGUAUCUCAGAACUUUAAAAUGAUUAACAUGAUCAAAGUUCAGGCACACAAGAAAACAGUAAUCAAUAUAAAAUAUUCCCUCAUCGUUAUAUGGAGGGAGUGACCAAAAUAUUAUUAAAAACAAAUAAUCCUGUAAACCAUCCAACUCACAUUUUAAUGAGUCCAUAAUAUUGACUAUUGGUUUUUGUAUCUUUAGGGAAGUAAAAGCCCUUCUUCUGAAUGUUGUAGCAAUACCUCAAGGCAUAAAAAAAUCUGUCUUUAAUGCAUACAAUACAUGGAUAAAAAAAUUAAAAAUAACACCUUCUAAGGAACCCAAAUUGACCUUGCUUCUGGUCAGCUUAGGUGUUAGUAAUGGGUAGCACCAAACACCAUUAUUUCAGGAACCCCAAAUGGCAGUCCUAAAAGACUCUGCAGAAAAUCUUUAUCAUUGACAAUUCCAGCUAAAACAUUAAGAAAUUAAAAAAUCAUUAGCAUGAAUCCAAUAAUUAUUUUUGGUUUGAAGGUGACUUUUAUCUGCAGACUUGCAUUAUGUUGAGGGGGACCAGGUUUGCACCCAGCUAUACCUACCUUUUUAUGUCCUUUGGGAACAUGUAAGCCAGGGGGAUAGCUGGGUGGAGAACAUGGUCUCCUAUUAUUUUAAUAUAGAAGACUUGUUCUUUUUUUGGAGGGGAUGCAAAAAUUCCCUGGCUAGUUUUUUAGAAUACCUUAGUCUUCAUGAUUGGGGAUUUGUUUCAGCGUAUAUUUUGAAGUCAUUAAAUUGAGAACAAUCACAUAAAAACAAAACAAAAAAAUGAGAUGUAAACAGUUAUAUUGAAUAAACCAGUUGGCAUUUCUCUUCUUUGUUUGCGAAUGCACCAAAAGCACAGUUACUUAGAGUAAGAAAAGGAAGAAACUGCACUGAACUAUAUACCUUCAAUGCACAAGCCCUGAUCAUUAAUAAAGAUUUCAGGGUAUGAUGAGAACCUGUUAGAAAAGGCACAUGAAGAGGUUAGUAGGAGUGAUAGGGAACAGCUUAUCCAAUAUAAAUAAUAAAAGAAAAGAGAGGACCAAAUAAGCUUUGUGUACAACUUCAAUUAAAACAAGAACAUUAAAGAAAUAUUGGCCUAUUCUUAGAAAUGACCUUUUGUAAAAUGAUAUCCUUCCAGAAAAAAGACAAUAGUUGGGGCUCUUAAUCUUCAACAUAGAUUGCUGCAGUUAUAUUGAACCUAGAACGAAUCAUCAUUUUUUAAUAAAUCAAAAGUUUAUUUUGUAUGUAGUUUAUGUAUCGCAUGUACAUACAUAGGUAACUCAAAACACUGUGUAAGAAACUUUAAAAACGCAGGGAAAAACAAACAUCCAUAAUAGAACAAUUGAGAAAAUGUUAUUCUAAUAAUGUGAUGCCCAUGUAAUUAAAUAUUAAAAAUGGAUAAAGCUUGAUAAAGGCUAAAUUUGAGGUUGAAACUUGGCUUCUGUUACUUCAUGCAAUAAUUUCCAUUGAAUCUGCAAUUUGACUGUCCUUGAGUGUCUGGAUCUAUUUAGUUUUUCCAUGGAUAUAUUGGAGUUUUCCAGCAUCGGGUCCAGAUUUGCACCCUGGAGUGACAACUAAGAGGAGUGAAGUUCCCUUUUCUUUCUUAUAAUGUCCAAUGUCUUGAAAGAACUUUGUAGGAUGGCAGGUAUAGAACUUCAACAUCACAUCCAGGGCCGGACUGGCCCAUUUGUUUAGUGGAUAACCCUGCCCUUCUCUCAGUCUUUCAUUCCCAUCAAACUAUAUCCAACCCAGAGUGUAUUCAUACGAUUGAGGACUAAACAGAAUAAGAUUAAUUUAAAUCAGACAUGCAGCAGCAAUCAGUCAAUGUUUCAUUCCCAUUACUGGACUAUUCAAGUUAUGGGGAUGAAAUGUUGGGUAAAUCAUUUUCAAUCUUUUGUGUUUUUCAACCUGUAGUUGGCACAAUUAAUGUUAAGGCUGGUGUAAAAAACUUCCAUGGCUGCUUUUAAUUCCCAGUCCGGCCCUGCCUGCUGCCAUACACACUGUCAUUAAUAAGGAAAGUCAAACACAGACAAACACACACACAUUGAACUCUGUUUUAGCCAGCCCUUCUUUGCCUAUCUUUGUGCUGGGGAGGGUGGCCUCCCUGUGGUCCAGUGGUGCAGACAAUGAGAGGAUGCAGGCUGUGUAGCAGGGCUCUCUCUUACUUCUUGUGUGGCUGUCUUCUUGUGCUGGUUGGAAGUGGCAUCAUGAUAUCACUUUCUCCCAGUGCUGCCGCACAGUAAGGCAAUAGUGUCCUGCUGUUCUCCCCUCUGGAUCCACAGGCUAGUGUAGAACCGCACAGAGAGAUCUCUUGAUCUCCCUGUUGGCACAGAUAUGGGCAUAGAACCCAGAUGAACAUACAGAGCUGGAGUCCCAAGUGGGCCCCUGUCUUAGCCUGGGCCCUAGGCGGACUCCUAUUCCACAUUGUGGGUAAUCCGGCUCUGGCUUAAACUGUGGGGGAUUGUUUGCCUUUGUUACGGAGCUCCCUGUACUCCGACUGAGUACCCUCCGUUGACGGAUGCUCCUAGCGCUUCCUGAGGACUCCAAGCGCUGCAGCAGACACCACAACCACCACAGACUCCGCAACCGCCGUAUCUUGACUGGAGUCUCGCCGUCUUCCUUCCACCCUGGAUCAGCUUCUGUCCUCCAGGACUGUGUGGGAAAGAACUCUUCCUUCCACCCUGUAUGAACCUCCAGCAUCCAUGACUGUGUGGUGAAGACCCCUCCUCCAAGGAGAGCGUGUCAGGAACAAGCUCUUAAAAGAGCUAAGUAACUCAAGCUCAGGGGAGCAUGCAGAGCAUAGCAAUCCCCAGUGUGAUUAUAACAGCUCCCUCCAAUAACAAGACAAGGCUACGUUUAGAGGGAUCAAGAAGAACAGUCAAAACCUUUAUUUCCCUUGGGACCAGCCAAUAGGGUCACCACAAUAACAUUGUUGUGAAACCUCAAUAAAAUCACAAACAGUCAAACCAUAUCAAGCAACACACAGUGACUUAUCAAAACACAAUGGCACGUUUUUAAAGGGGUGGGGGGAGACAAUAUUUAACAGUAAAUAUCUCACCUGCCUGCAGAAUUAGCAAUAUGCAAAUCUACCCGAAUAUGCAAAUGAACCAGUCUUGCAAUUCAGGUAGUGCAUAUUGCUGUUGCUACCAACAAGCUCCAUAGCCAAACCCACCUAGUUGGUAGCAAACCUCAGCAAUACAAGAGAGCAGGCAAUACAUUACACAGUACACACAUAUACACUAUAAACAAUUACAUAACACACACCCUGCACCUAUAAUGGGUACAGGGUGACUAAAAAAUAAGAUAAAUAAAGCAGCCUACAUAAAUAGUCUGUCUGAAGGUAGACUAGGGGCUUUAAAGCCAGAUACAUGAAAGAGUCAUAGUCACAGGGGAGGAGGCUGGCAAGUAGGCCUCUCCAGGACCAAGUGGCAAAGGGCACUUCGUCACAUAUCUCCCCUUCGGGGGGAAGACUAACCAGGCACCUGACUUUCUGUCGGUCAGUGCCUAAGUUAGUCGAGUCACCCACCGACCAAGUGCCAGAGUAGCCCAUCCACAACAAACAGUUAUUAGAGCAGCCCACCCACAGCAAACAGUGACUGCACCUGGGUAUUCCUCUGGGGUGAUGGGGCAACAUGCUGUGGGGACUUGAGGGGCAGAGGCCAGCGGCGCUCUGCCCUGAUGCCAGCGCUUCUGCUGGGAGGAGGGGGGUGCAGGUCAGUCCUGUGACAAGGGGAUCGGUAGGGCAGAGGCCAGCGGCGGUCUGCCCUGAUGCCAGCUCUUCUGCUGGUAUAGCCUGCAGGACAUCAGGCUCUGGACAGGGGACAAAGGGAGGGCAGAGGCCGACUGCACUCUGCCCAGCUGCCAGCUCUUCCGCUGGGGGCUUGGGACAUAGUCCGGCUCAGUAGCCAGGGGAACGUGGGGGUCAGUGGGGGUUAACAUCUCCCCUGUUAACCCUGGGGCCAAGUUAGGAGUUAGCUGGGGAGGGGAAUUCGUACUUACCCCCUCCUCCUGUUGUCCCUGUGAGGGUAGUUGGGGAUCUGGACAGGCUGUCCAGCAUCCCUGUAGGUCGGGCACAGAGACCACGGUCCCCUCUGCGCCAUCUGGGAGAUUGGUGUCUCCCCUUGGUAGGGUAAGCUGCCGCUGGGGAGAUAGGGUGCUGUGCUCCUCUCCCUGAAACACAGGCUGCCGCUGGAGAGGGAGACCGCCUGUCUCCACUCCCAUAACAUUGUCCUGCUGCUGGAGAGAGAGACCAACUGUCUCUGCUCCCUGUAGGACACACUGCCGCUGGGGAGGAAGGACGACACCUUUGGCUCCCUGUAACUUGCACUGCCGCUGGGGCGGAAGGACGACACCUUUGGCUCCUGUAACUUGCACUGCCGCUGGGGAGAGAGACCAACUGUCUCUCCUCCCUGUAGGACACACUGCUGCUGGGGGGGAAGGACGACACCUUCGGCCCCCUGGAAUUCGCACUGCCGCUGGGGAGGAAGGACGACACCUUCGGCUCCCUGUAACUUGCACUGCUGCUGGGGAGGAAGGACGACACCUUCGGCUCCCUGUAACUUGCACUGCCGCUGGGGAGGAAGGACGACACCUUCGGCUCCCUGUAACUUGCACUGCCGCUGGAGACUAGGUGUCCAUAUCCUCAACCUCCACAGUUGUCGCUCAAAGGCCAUUGCCGCACUGUUCUCAGCACUCAACUGGCGCAUUACUUGGUGGACCACCUCGUUCGAAAGGUCUGGGCCAUAGCAGACCAACCGCCUCUUUACCUCCUCAAUGUAAGCGUCGUCCUCGUAGCGACGUAUCAUGUUGAGGUGCUCUUCGCAGGGCUCUAUCCAUCCCUGCUCCAUACUGCUGUAGUUAGGGACGCUGCACAGUGGCUAGCGUUGCCCUCAAUAACCUCUCAUACGAUACCAGUGUCUCCUCGCUGCUUCUCCUCGCACUAGGACGCCAUCCCACCGCUGCCACCAAUGUAACGGAGCUCCCUGUACUCCGAUUGAGUACCCUCCGUUGACGGAUGCUCCUAGCGCUUCCUGAGGACUCCAAGCGCUGCAGCAGACACCACAACCACCACAGACUCCGCAACCGCCGUAUCUUGACUGGAGUCUCGCCGUCUUCCUUCCACCCUGGAUCAGCUUCUGUCCUCCAGGACUGUGUGGGAAAGAACUCUUCCUUCCACCCUGUAUGAACCUCCAGCAUCCAGGACUGAUUGUGAUUAUAACAGCUCCCUCCAAUAACGAGACAAGGCUACGUUUAGAGGGAUCAAGAAGAACAGACAAAACCUUUAUUUCCCUUGGGACCAGCCAAUAGGGUCACCACAGUAACAUUGUUGUGAAACCUCAAUAAAAUCACAAACAGUCAAACCAUAUCAAGCAACACACAGUGACUUAUCAAAACACAAUGGCACAUUUUUAAAGGGGUGGGGGGAGACAAUAUUUAACAGUAAAUAUCUCACCUGCCUGCAGAAUUAGCAAUAUGCAAAUCUACCCGAAUAUGCAAAUGAACCAGUCUUGCAAUUCAGGUAGUGCAUAUUGCUGUUGCUACCAACAGAGGGCACUAGACAAGCUCCAUAGCCAAACCCACCUAGUUGGUAGAAAACCUCAGCAAUACAAGAGAGCAGUCAAUACAUUACACAGUACACACAUAUACACUAUAAACAAUUACAUAACACACACCCUGCACCUAUAAUGGGUACAGGGUGACUAAAACAUAAGAUAAAUAAAGCAGCCUACAUAAAUAGUCUGUCUGAAGGUAGACUAGGGGCUUUAAAGCCAGAUACAUGAAAGAGUCAUAGUCACAGGGGAGGAGGCUGGCAAGUAGGCCUCUCCAGGACCAAGUGGCGAAGGGCACUUCGUCACAGCCUUCUUUUGGAUCAACAGCAUAAAUAGAUGUAUAAAAGGCUGAACUGGAUGGGCUCAAGUCCGAUUCCAGCCCAUAUAGCUAUAUAUGUAACACAAACACGUUUCCUAUACCUGGUGUCAGUCAUGCAGAACAUAUUGUAUUAUGCUUCCUGUGUCUGAAAACAUUGCUGGAUAAUAAUAAUUUAUGAAUAAAGUAUUUGAUUGUGCAGAUUUUAGUUCAUAGUAAAAUUGUCUAUUUAUCAUUCUGCUUUAUAGAUCUGUGUUUAUUUCAGUGUUUUUAAAUAAUAAAGAGUAUAUGGUAUUUGUGCACACUCUCCUCGUACUGUGUAUCAGGCAGCUUUUACUUUUGCACAGCUUUGUGGUUGCCAUGUGUGAACUCCAUGGGGUCCACCACCACUACCUCAUGGACCCUGCUGCAGUGAGUUUGGUUGCUUUUUCAUAGUUCUGUGAAAGAUCUCUGAGUGACAUCACAGAUACAAGGAGUGCUUGGUGCUGUAGGCCUGUCUUCAGCGUAGCUCUGCAUAGUGCCUUUGUGUUGUAAUAAUGCAGGUUACUUUAUACAUAGUUCCAACCCAUGUAUUGGGCACCUAUUCCAGCAAAAAUGCGUCCCGGGACCUAUCUCACAUUACGAUGGUUGAACUAUAAAGUCCACUGGAUACAGAAAUUGGAAUAGCCAAUUAACAAGCCAAGGUCAAAAUACACAAGAAUCAAUACUAAAAAGGCGCUCUCGAAAACCACGAUGGAAAACACGACAGGGCACUGAUAAAUGGACAAAAAAGGUUUAAAUAGCCUAAGGUGCUCUUAGAUUGUUUGUAGAGGAGCAGUGUAACGGGUGUGUGUGAUGUCACAAGCACGUUCCCAGUGGUUAGGGACCAAUGGGUUAACUAAGGAGGAGGAGGUAAGUAAUCGGCGGCAUUCCCAUUGCCACGUGGGAAUGCCGCCGCAACAAGAUGCGUCCGCUGGGUCCCAGACCACUCUCUGACAGGAGCAGAUCCAGCGGGCACCAUGACAGUUUAACUUUAUCUGUGUUUAAUUGAUUUUCUGUGUGCAACUGAGUAGGUGUGUCAGUGUGCAUAUAUAUCUGUGUGUAUGUCAUUGUAAGCUUAUCUGUACAUCGGUUUGUGUAUUUGUCACAAAGUGUCCCUGGAAAUCUUUUUCAACUAUGCUUAGCAUUCCACAUAAUUUCCUUUCCAUUAGGCAUCAGUCAUCUCCUUAUUGAUAGAUGUGAGCAACAAAUGGGUGGAAGUCAUUAUUUUUGUUGUCACACUUGUGGAGAGCAGAAGAUAUAGAUAGUGGCAUGGGGAAUGACAUCCUAAAGUUAUGUAGGAAGAUUUUAGAGUGAUUUAAUUGGAAUAAGCAGAUCUACUGGGUCUCAAGGUAGGGAGCAAGUUCUCGCGGUAAAAGGGCAGAAAUUUCUGAUUCUCAGAUUGAAUGAGCAAAGUUUCAUGGGUGAAUGGGCAGGUUCUCUCUCCAGAGACCAUGAACCAUUCAAUAAAGCAGACUAGAGUCUGCAAUUUAUUAGCGCAGGACACUAUAACUAAUAGUAAAAAUAGAUAGUCAUAUUAUUUUGACAGAUUGGUCCAUACAUUUGCAACAUAACAAAACAUGACUUUAAAGUCCCAUUGAAUUAUCAUUCUUGUGCUAGACAAUUUGUGGCAUAGUGUCCUCACCAGUCUAUAUAUGCAUACAAAUGUAAAGGGACAGUCCAGUCCCCUAAGGCAGGGGUGGGCAAACUGCGGCCCUCCAGAUGUUUUGGACUACAUCUCCCAUAAUGCUCUUAGGGCCAUAAUGCUAGCAAAGCAUCAAGGGAGAUCUAGUCCAAAACACCUGGAGGGCCACAAAUUGCCCACCCCUGCCCUAAGGUAUUUUAUCUUAUCAAAGUGCUUUAUAUGUUCUAAAUUAAACACAAUUUGCAAUAAAGGAAGUGUAAACAUCAAAUGACUAUUUACAGGAAGUGUUUAGGAAGGCUAUGCAAGUCACAAGCAGUGUGGGGUGUGACUAGCUGUGUAUAAACAAAGUGAUUUAACUCUUAAAUGACAGAGAAUUGAGCAGUGAGACUGCAGGGGCAUGAUCUAUACAUCAAAAUGUCUUAAUUAAGAUAAAGUUGUUUUUGGUGACUGUAGUGCCCCUUUAGAGAAUUGACCCACAUAUUGUAAUGCAUUAUAUAGUUAAAAAUGAUGCAAAAACAUUAAAUAUAAAAUAAAAAAAUGACUUUGAAAGAUCUGACUGCUAUUACACAGUAAUAAUCGGUAGCAGGCAGACUCCCAUACCAGGAAAAGACCUCAUCACUGAAAAGCUUCUUGCUUUGUUCUACUUGGCCUGAUUUCAUCCCAUAAAUAUCUGUCCAGUGGAGCUUUUAUGGGAUAAGUUUAUUUUCCCAACAGCAGUUCCUCUCAACAUAUAUAAUAAAUGGAAUUGAUUUAACCCCUAAAGGACGGAGCCAAAUGUACACGUUGUGAACAAAACAAAACGUAAACAAAACCUGGCAUUUGCGCUACAUGUCUGUCCAACCGUAAUUCACCUCUUUCAUAUUAAAUGCACCAACCCUUAUUAUAUAUCAUUUUAUUCAGGGGAAACAGGGCUUUCAUUUAAUAUCAAAUAUUUAGCUAUGAAACAUAAUUUAAUAUGAAAACAAUGGGAGAAAAUAAGAUUUUUUAAAUUUUUUUAGUUCUACAUGACAUUUUAACUGUUAAUGUCAUAAUACUGUUUUCUUUUACUGCAAUAAAAUACACAUAUUUGUAUUUAGCAAAGUCUCACUUGUAAAACAGUACCCCCUAUGUACAGGUUUUAUGGCGUUUUGGGAAGUUACAGGGUCAAAUAUAGCACGUUACAUUUGAAAUUGAAAUUCGCCAGAUUGGUUAUGUUGCCUUUGAGACUGUAUAGUAGCCCAGGAAUGAAAUUUACACCCAUAAUGGCAUACCAUUUGCAAUAGUAGACAACCCAAGGUAUUGCAAAUGGGGUAUGUCCAGUCUUUUUUAGUAGCCAUUUGGUCACAAACACUGGCCAAAGUUAGCGUUAGUAUUUGUUUGUGUGAAAAAUGCAAAAAACGCCAAUUUUGGCCAGUGUUUGUGACUAAGUGGCUACUAAAAAAGACUGGGCAUACCCUGUUUGCAAUACCUUGGGUUGUCUACUAUUGCAAAUGGUAUGCCAUCAUGGGGGUAAUUUUCAUUCUUGGGCUACCAUAGGGUCUCAAAGUCAUCGUAACCAAUCUGGCGAAUUUUAAUGUGAAAAAAAUGAAUCACAAGCCUUAUAUUUGACGCUGUAACUUUUGAAAACACCAUAAAACCUGUACAUGAGGGGUACUGUUGUACUCGGGAGACUUCGCUGAACACAAAUAUUUGUGUUUCAAAACAGUAAAAAGUACCGCAGCAAUAAUAUCGGCCGUGUAAGUGCUGUUUGUGCGUGAAAAAUGCAAAUAACGUCACUUUUACUGGCGAUAUCAUCGUUGUAAUACAUUUUACUGUUUUGAAACACUAAUAUUUGUGUUCAGAGAAGUCUCCCGAGUAAAACAGUACCCCCCAUGUACAGGUUUUAUGGUGUUUUGGAAAGUUAUAGGGUUAAGUAUAGUGCUAGCAAAUUAAAUUCCCUUUACUUUUGGCAUGGGUUGUCAGGCAGGUGCCGCUAAUUGUAAUUAAUUAAGAUACCUAAUUAUGUAAAAAUAUUACAUAAAUAUAUAUGUAGAAUUAAUAUAUGUAUAUAUAUAUACAUAUGUGUAUAUAUAUGUAUAUAUAUAUAUAUAAUUUUUUACAAAUAUUUUUAUUUAUAUAUAGGUAUAUAUAUAGUGAUAUAUACGUAUAUAUUUAUGUAUAUAGAUAUAUAUAUUAUUUUGUUCUACGUGUAUUUUGAUAUAAAUAUAUAUAUAUUAAUAUCACAAUACAGUUAGAACAAAAUAACACACAUCUAUAUAUUUUUUAAUUUAAAAAAAAAUUGUUUUGUUUUUUACGUAUUUACAUAUUUAAUUUCUUUAUAUUAUAUAUAAAUAUAUAUAUGUAUAUAACAAUAAUUAUAUAAAUAUUUAAUCAGUAUCAGUCUACGUGUAAUUUGAUAUUAAUAUAUAUAUAAUUAUAUAUAUAUCAAUAGUAAAAUACACCUAGACAGUGUACGUGUGUGUAUAUACAUGUGUAUAUAUAUAUAUAUAUAUAUGAUCUAAGUAUAUAAUUUUUUUUUACACUGAUUUUAACUUAAUUUUAUUUUAUUUCCAGCCAGCAGGGGGACUACCUGUCAUUACAGGCAGCCCCCGUGCUGGCAAUGCAGCAGCCAGCUAACCUGGCCAUGUGAUUGUGAGGUCCUCGCAAGGACCUCACUCUCACAUGGCUGGGGGGCUGCAGGAGGGAAGAUCUGCCGCGGGGGGCUCCCUGGGAGUCCGGGUAAGUAAAGAAAAACUGGAGGGCGUACUAUGACGCCCAGAGGCGUUUAGAGCCACCUAAAAUAGGGCGUAAUAGUACGCCCUCCGGUCUGAAGGGGUUAAUAACUGAGACUUGCCAUCGUAAGGCCUGGAUUGACAACGUUUGGCCUGGGGGCAAGUACAAGUAAAUAGUUAUUUUCUUGGCACAAAAAUAAUAGACACAGCAGGUGCUGGUGACGUUUUAAGAUGGUGGGGCACUAGACUCACCCCCAGAAUUUUAUUCCUCCCUAUACAUUACAGAGAUGCUCAUACAAUACAGAGAGCUGAGCAUAAUACAGAUAUGCUCAUACAAUAAAACAAGUUGGGCUUCUGCAAUGAUACCUUUAGCUUUCCAUUAAAUAUUGCUGUUAUAAAACGUCAGCUACUCCAACAGCUCUCAGCACACAGUGCACAUGGGGUUAAAACAGCAGGAUACUGAUUGACUCCUUAUUACCUUUGCAGCUGGCAAUAAUUAAUCUGCAGCGGUAAUAUGGAGUCAAUAAGUAACUGGCAUGGUUAACAUAAUCAACAAUCAUUACAGAUUAAAACAGACUGUAUUUAGAAUCAGAUCAGUCCUCCAAGUCACAGCCCCGGUCCUGCAACUAGCCACAGCAUGUGUGUGUCAGGUCUCAGCUGUAGAGUGAUUGAACAUGUUAAAGAAGAUGGUGAAUAUGUGCAGUAGGAGUUAUUAAAACUAUUAGUGACAGGCAGCACAGUGCUCUGUGUUAGAAAUGUUCAAUUCCACUAGUCACCUCUGGCUUUUUAUACAUAGUAAUUAUCUAUUUGAGCAAAUUCUCUUGCUUAAUCAGUUCUCAGGCAGUCGCUGUGGCUAUUUGGGGGAGAAGAAAAGAUAAUAAUUCCACUUACAUUUGGCAGUGGCAGUAGCUGUGCUACUUCCAAGAUGGCUUUUUGCGUCUAUCUCACAUGGGCACUUCAACCACAUCCCCUGGUGCUAUCAGCCAAUGAUAGCCCCCGAUUAGAGAAGUCAAGAAUUGCCUUCCCUCGUGGGCAACUGGCUCUGCUGCCAAAUGGCAACUAAAUGGAAAUUCCUGAGAUUUAUUUCUUAAAGGACACUAGGCAUGUGCAAAACCUGCUAAAACAGGGCACAUUUUAAACUAGUCCCUCUUUCUGACAUGCCUAGAUGUUCUCUCAAGUAAGCUUCUCCAAACAGCUACAAAUGAGGGGGUAGGGAUCCAGCAGAACUGAAACCUAUGACAUAAUUAAAGUGACACUCAUUUUUUCACAUAUUUGUUUGGCUUAUCACACUCCCCUCCAUAAAAAAGUGUUUUUAAAUUGAAAAUAGUUUCCCCCGACAUAAAAACUAAGGUGGUGCUGCUCCAAGUGCCCCAAUGGAUGAGCCUCUAUUGAGACACAGUAUGAUGUCCAAAUAAAGUGCAAAUAUAUUAAUUAUAAUAUAUAGUAUAUUAAAGGUUCUCUCACAUCACAUAUGAUAACAUUACAUCACUUUAAAUAUAAGUGAUGCAAAAAAGAGUUAUUAAAAUGGCUCUGUCUUCCCCCUCCCCCACCAAAGUUUUUCAAAACGAUAAAAUAUCUAAAAUUCAAAUGCAGUCAAAACAUAUCAUAAGACAAAAUAGAAACUACUUUGUCUUGUGCAUUUUCCCUCCAUUUUACUAAACUUGACAAAAGGCAGAGCUACCACCGUCAAGUGUUGUCAGUUCCCCCAGCCAUGAUUAGUGACAGCUGUGAGAGAAAAAGCAUUAUCUAUGGAGGCUCCCACAAUCUUGCAGGAUCAUCUAUAGACAUCCGUGUUGCACUCUUGUGCAUCCGCAAGAGUACAGCACUGAUGUGGGCUCCUGUCAGAUGAAGCCCCGGGAGCUAAAGAGCAUAAUAACAGCAGCCAUGAGGAUCAGCUUCAGGUAAGUAAAGCCUACAUUCCCCCAGACCACCACACACCAAGCAGCAAUAUCACCUUUGGAGGACUUUGCAAAAUAUGCACAAAAUCCAGAAGGUGGCAGUGCCACUUUAAUAGAGAACUGAUUUAUAAUCACAUAGGGUACAGCUCCUAUAGAUGUAGUUUGUAUUUUGCUACAAGGUGAUGGGUAACACAGGAUACAAUGUAUCUUCAUCCCAAUACCGAUACAUUUUUAGAGAGAUUAAACACUUACAAGUCUGUGGGAACAGAACCUCCUGCUCUUGAGAAGCACAAACUGGUUGCCAUUAUGCAGAAAAACUCACCAAUGUAGCAGAAAAUGGAAACAGAAGACUGAUAACAUGAAAUACAUGUUUUAUUCCAAAUGCACAAAUAAAAACAAAAUAAAGAUGAGAACGACCAAAAAGUGUGUGGGCACCGUGGGUGAUAAAAGCACAGCCCCUUGGGAAAAAAAAACUUCACAUUCUUAACAGUAAAGGGACAUUUCACUGCCCAAAUGUAAAAAUUUUUUUUACAAAAUCACUGUUUAGUCCUGCAUUUAAUUAUGCAUUUUUUUUCAUUGGUGAUAUGUUAACUUGCAGAAACUGCAGUCUGCUGCCUUUACAAGCCCUCCCCUUCUAACCUCACCCAGACUUUCUGUGGCUGUCCAAUCAAAGUCUUCCCAAUGCAGCUCAAUGUGAAGUCUUGGCAAGGCUUGGCUCUGAUCAAAUGCUGCCUCUUGAGUUUAGCUCCAGUGAAUGAAACAACCAGGAAGUAACAGGACUUGUUGUCUGAUUGACAACACAAGGGGUGUAACAAGGUUCAUUUAUAAAAUUGCAAAUUUCUUUUAAAUAUACCCUUUUUGGAUGACAAAAAGAGGACACAGUCUUCACACAUAAAGCACUUCAGCAAGUUAAACUGCUGUAGGGGUCUUGAGUGACCCUUUGGUAUUUGGGCAGUGAAAUGUCCCUUUAAUGUUAAGAAUGUGGAGUUUUUUUCCCAAGGGGCUGUGUGUUUAUCACCCAUGGUGCCUGCACAAUUUUCUCAUCUUUAUUUUGUUUUUGUUUUAUUUUGUGCUUUUGGAAUAAAAAUUGUAUUUCACUUUAUGAGUCUUCUGUUUCCAUUUUCAGCUACAUUGCCGAGAUUUUCUGCAUAAUGACAGCCAGUUUGUGCUUCUUUAAAAAGUGUAACCAUGCCUAAAAUUGUUCACCUCAAACCCUGCCUUGGAUUACAUGUUUUAUCUGAACACCUCCAUUCGAUGCCUAGUUUUGGCUUCUGGUAACCAUUUAAUGCUAAAGUGUAAAUAAUUCAUAUGAAUGUGUACUUAGCAUGUUCAUAUUCUCCAGUAACAUGAAAAAAUGAAAAUAUCUGCAAUUUCCAGUUUUAUGUAGAGUAAUCAAUUGAUGUAAUAAUAUAUUUGGGGAUUUGUUGCCAGUGUUGGUGGAAAGUUUUACCGACCAGCCAUUACUUGCUAAUCUAACUAUCUCUAUCCUUAGCAAGUAGCAGAUGUUUCUCAAAUGUGUAAUCAACAGUUACAAACACCAUACAUUAUAGGGAGAGCGCCUGUUGGCCACACUUGUCUCUCUCUAUUAACAAUAUUAAAAAAUGUAAAAAGAGUAGGAAUCUCUGGGCCCCAGUAAUAUUGGUUAGGGGCCUGACAAUUGGCCCUGGGUUAAAGGGUGAUAAUCAAGCCCUGGAGACGCACAGUCUCUUGGGCUCCUUUUAUUUACAUUAUUAUUAUUAUUAUUAUUAUUUUAUUAUUUAUAUAGCGUCAACAAAUUCCGUAGCGCUGUACAAUGGGUGGACUAACAGACACAUAAUUGAGAUCAGACCACUGACAUACAGGAACAGAGGGGGUUGAGGACCCUGCUCGAUGAGCUUACAUGCUAGAGGGAGUGGGGUAUAGUGACACAAAGGGUUAAAGUAGGGGAAUUAAAUAGUUUGUUACAGAAUGGUUUAUUGAGUGCUUGGCAGGUCAUUUUUGACAGGUGCAGGAACGGAGUCAUGGGGUGGGGGAUGAGAAACCUGCUGACAUCCAUAAUAGUACAAUCAGUGCUUAGUGGUUUGGAUUGUUCCUUUAAGAGAUUUAGUUUUAUGCAUUAUCCUAUAAGAAAUAGACCUGUUGAAUUAUUAGGACCAAUGUGAAACAAGCACGUUACUAAUAUAUAUUAGAGGAAUGGGAUGGAAGUAAAUUAAAAAGUAUUGCUAUAGGUGUAAAAGGCAGGAAAUGCUCCCAGUGCCAAUAAGUUCCUUUCAGCAUAGUAAAUUGAAAGCCGUCUUAAAUGGAGAAAGGAUGGAUUUUUUUAAACCAAUACAUGGACCACCCAAGAAGCUCCAACAUACUCAUUGAUCAAAAAGAAUUUUGGAAAGCCAUGAAUGGAGCUUUUAUCAGGCUUGCAAUGGGCGCAGAAUCAGUGGGAGAAAAUCUUCUCCAUUUCCAUUAACACAAGUUAUAUAAUUUACCCUCAUUUUGAGCCGACUUUGAUGCAUAAUCCCUCAAUUCAUUAACUUAGAUCUUAACUUUCUGUAGACUUUAUUUCCAUGGAAAUCCUAUCUAUUGUUGUAGUCCUUGCUUACUGGUCUGCAGAUCAGCAAUUGCUGUGAGCUCAAUAUAAUCUAUUUUAUAUUCUUUUACAAUCUGUCCCAUUACAGUUUAUUAUAUAACUUAGUUCUUCUGAAUGAACUCCUAUAGACAUGCCAGUAAUUCAAAUUGUUUUGGAUGCACAGUAUGAUUGUUUCUCUGCAAUUAUAUCAUCUAAGUAAACUAACAAGCUUUAAAUCCAUAUAUUUUCAAUGCUACCUUUAAAUUAAUGCUAUGGUUAGCAGAGGUCAUGGCGCAGUAUAUAGAUAUGUUAAAGGCCUCAGUGAUGCUAUAGAAAGGAGGGGAAUCUGCAUGACAAAAAUCAAUAUUAGGCUUUACACGUACAAAAAAAAUUCUUAGUAUGUCGCAUAUGUGUUUGAAUGCAGAACGCACACAUGGAAAGAGCUCUGUGCACACACGUGAUUGUUCUAAAAUUCAUAUGGAAUUAUUUACAUUACAAAACUGUUUCUUCUUAACAGUUUCCCCUUGCACCAUUGAAACUCUACAAGAAGACAAAUGUUUUGUUAGUUUGUUAUGACAUUGGGUCAUUAUGACUUAACACACAUGGUUUGCUGUUCUACACAGUAAUGUCCACAGCUAAAAACAAGACAUACACAAACUGAAUUCUCAUCGCAUUCCCUCUGUGUUCAUGCAUAUAGCCCUGAUAGAUGAGCAGAAUUGAGGCCUCAUUGCGUGGAAUGGGACCUGGAUUUUAAACUAGACCACAGACUUAGUAGUGAAGAGUUCCCAAAAAGCACAGCUUAAACUCAGUAGUUCCAGGUGCCAAAUGUUGCAGAUUUGUGUGACUGUGUGGAUGCAAAAAGCAAGAGAAUUGACUGACUGGAGAAGAUCAGAGUGCCGUUUUUUAUUAUCAUAACCGGCGAUUUUCUUUCUGAUGAUCUUUUGUUACUCUCAUUUCAGCGGGGUGAGACAUAGGUGCCCUUGAAGGCACGGGGGUGGAGUGUUAGCCGGAGGGUUAGUUUCUCCUGUCUAUUUCUAUAUAAUAGACAGCCUAGUAUAGACCUUAUACCUACAAUAUCUAGUGUAGAUUUUUCAGCGUGCUGCUAGCAUAGUUAUCUAUAGUACUUCUCCCUAUACUACUUAAUCUUCACCUUUGAUCUUUUAUCUGGAUUACCAUUCUGUUAUUUUUUGUACAGUCCCAACCCUAUUAGGCACUUUAGCCGAUUAUCUAAUAUUUUAUAUAAUUAGGCAUCACAGCCGUUCAUCCAAUAUUCAUUGGAUUUAUUUUCUUUAUUUUCUUUUUCCAGUCAGUUUAAGGUCACUGCAACUUGGUUUCUUUGUUAGAAGCCUCUGACCCAACGAUAUAUUUUUAGGGUCAUAUGCUUAGCAUUUAGAGACUUAUACUCUAAACACGCUGUUUAGAAUUUUGAUCUAUUGAUAUCUUUCGUAUACGCAUAUAUAACAGCAUUACCAUACUUUGUUAUUCUGAUCAACAUCAAUGAUAGGUUACACAGGCGGUAUAACCAACUCUGUAGUACACAACAUAUUGUCCUACCUUUUUUUCAAUUAUCAGUAGCACCUAUACGUCUUCCCCUAACUGCGCAGACGUGCGCUAUAGCUGAGUCUAUAUACACCAUCUUAGACAUCAGAAUUGAUUCUAAUUUAUACACUGGCUAUUUGUUUUUAAUUUGUUUCUUUUGCUGUGUUCUUUUUGAACACCUAUUCUUUUGAUGUUAUUGAUACCUAAUAAAUUAGUUUUUUGUUUUUUGGACCCUGUGGUCCUUUUAGAUGUACUUCUAUCUUGAAUCUCCUAUGUAAGAAGUCUAGGUCAUAUAUUUGUCCUCUCCCUACUUAUAGGUACACUUUCUUGUUGUUUUGUAUUCAUUUCCACUAGGGAUUACCCCCCUGUUCUUAGUGUACCUUGGCUGUAUUAGAACAAGUUUUCAGUUCGAAAAUCUAGUAUUGUGAUUUGUAUUUGUUUUUUCAUUUGAAGUAUAUUGAGACUUCAUUAAAUAAGUUCAUUAGUGUAAAAUGUGCUAGUGUAAAAGAAAGUACAGAUUACUAUCUACUACUAUCUUAGCAGGGCCGUCUUUAAUAUUGAUUGGACCCUGGGCAAGCAUCUGUUUGGGCCCCCUGGGCAUGCAAUCACUCCCUCCACCCCAACCUAGAGGCGAAACUAAUGUAGAGAGUGCCUUGGUGCAACAAAAAAAAAUUCAGGCCUGCCCUGUAGCACAAGAGUAAAGAAAAGAUAGAUCCCCAUCUGUCAUACAACUCCUGCGAUGCUAUGCCAGGUGGGGAUCUACCAUCCUUGCAGGGUUGUAUUUUUGAGCAGUGUUUGUGCAAAUGAAUGUCAGCAUGUUAUUGUAUAGAGUGUAUGUGUGCAUGUAGGAGUGUAUUUGUAUGUACUGUUACCAUUGGAAUGCAGUGGUGUACUUGUGUGUAGUGUUUGCAUUUUAAUUCAGGGAUGUGUGAUUGUUUGUAGUGUUGGCUUUUAAAUGCAGGUGUACUUUUGUGUGUAGAGUUGGUGUUUGUAUAUAAUUUUAGCGUUUUAAUACAGGAAUGUGUUUGCAUGUAAUGUUUGUAUUUGCAUGCAGGGGGGUGUUUGGAUGUAGUGUUGUCUUUUAAAUACAUGUGUACAUUUGUGUGUAGUAUUAGUGUUUCAGCAAACUGGUGUGUUUGUAAUGUUUGUGUUUGCAGGGGUCUGUUUGCAUGUUGUGUGAUUUCUAUAACACAUAUACACAUACACAUUAACACGCAGAUACACACAUGCUCACACUGACACAUGCUCACACCUUGACACAUACUGGCACAUACACAUACACACACACUCAGAUACACACCCUUUGACACACAGAUACAAGCACUUUGAUAUACACACACUGGCACAUACACACACACACACUGACACAGGUAUAUACACACACACUCAGAUACACACAUACAUAAAGGUAUAAAUGCAGGGGUGUAUAUGUGUACAGUGCUAGAGAUGGAAUGUAGGAGUGUAUUUGUGUUGGCAUUAAAAUGCUGGGAUGUAUGCAUUACCACACACUCAGAUGCACACUUACACACACACCGAAACACACACACAGGUGCACAUACAGGUGUAUGAGGUAUACAUACACACAGAAACACUGACACACAGACAAACACAGCCAGAUACACACAUAUAUAUGUGUACAUUUACAUAUUUUAAUCUCUGCCUUCUAGCAGCUCUUGGACAGCAACUCCCAGCAACCUUGGCCAAUAUAAUGUCUCAACUCUGUUCUUACAUACCCUGGUCCAGAAUUUGGCAAAAGUGACAUUUGAAAAUGGUGUACAGCCUUUGAUAACACUUGAUACAAUAUGUUAAAAUAAAUACUUUUUAAAUUUAUAUUUAAUAGGGAACUGUCAGGUUCUUCUAGGAUUUUUAACAUGUACUUAUUCCAUGUGUGUUACAUUACAAACACCAACACACUUAAAUAAAAGUGAUAUCAGAAAUUAGCAAAACAAAAAAAAAAACAUAUUUAGCCACCCUCCUGUCUCCUUACCUUUUGGGUACAGAAAGGUGGCUUCCCUGGUGUCCAGUGAGAGCUUGCUGGCCCAGGCUGAUGGGAGUCUCCCCCACAAUGCUUGCAUCCUCCUCCAUGUGGUGUGUGCCUCCUCCCUAGCGGCACUGAGGAGGAAGUGAUCAGUUCUUACUGGGAGGAAGCAAUCUGACCUCACUGCCUCCCAGCAUGCCCAGGAAACAAAGAGACUCACAGGGCAGUAUGUGAGGGGGCUAGCUGUGAGUAUGUAGUCAGCCACCCCCCAUAUAACAGGGGCCCGGGCCGGUCCAGAGCAGUAUUAAAGGGCUGUGGCCCCUGAUUACCUCAGGUGCCUCAGGGGGCCCAUGGGGCAGCUGCCUUAGGGCCCCCAGGAGUAACUGGGCCCGGGGCAGCUGCCCCUUUUGCCCCUCCUUAAAGACGGCCCUGUAUCUUAGGGACAUCAAAAAAACAUGGGUGCAAUUUGCCAAAACUUAGCAGAUAAAGAAUAAUCUUUUUUUAUUUUUUUAAUGUUUUUUUUUUUUACUUUUAAUUUUUCCCUGAGAAUUAAGCUCCACUGUAAUGGUAGACCUCUGACUUGUAUUUAAAAUGAAAGUGUAUUUCUAGAUUAAAUAUUAGUAAAGCCGUUUGUCAAUCCAUCUACCGCAACCUUUAAGAGCUAUCACCAAACCACAUCCCCUGUAAGAUAUUAUUUACUUCCCAUCUUUCCUUUUCUCAAAACUGACUAUGUAACUUGAAUGUUGAAUAAACCAAUAUUGACAUUACCAAUCACUUCAUCAAGUUUCACAUCAGAGGCGGAUAAUUAACAUUUAGACAAUAAAGAGGAUUUCGAAUAAUCCCAACAUUUACCCAACGAUAACUUAAAAUACAAAUAGAAAAGGUACACAGCAUGCAAACAGAAUUAGGAGCAUAGGUUUAUUUACAGGAGGUCUCUAAUGUAUCCUGCCCUCUCUAAAUGCAAUUUAACCUUCCUCACUAUUCUUUCCUCUCACUCAUACUUUCUAAUUAUAGCUCUUACUCAUCAUGUUUUACUAUAGUUUGACACUAAGUGCCUUUCUCUCUGUCUCUCCUUCAACCCAUGUGUAGCUCUUUUUAGACAUUCUGAAUAGACCUGCCCUCUUAACCUGCCCAUCAUUUGCUCAUUUAUUCAUUCGCUCAUUCAUUCAUUCGUUCUUUCGUUUGUUAAAUCAUGAUGAUGUUUUCUACAAUCUUGCAUCUGCAAUACUAAGUGUGACUUAUUCAGAUAAAGUAGACUAUAUUCAAAUUAUUGUCAGUCCUACACAUGUUAAUGGAGUAGGACAGAUUUAUACACACGCCGUACAUAAACACUCUAUUCUACAAAUUCACUAUACACCAAAAAAUACAUUUAGAAUAAAGCCCAAUUGUCAGGCUCCCGCGGACGGCUGCGAGGGGAGGCUGCACUCCGCUCGCAGUACUCACCCUCCAGCCGUCCGCGGUCCCCUCCACCUCGUGGGUACGGCGAGCGGCAUCCUUCCAGCCUCGGAUGCCGCCCGCCGUUCCCUCCACGUCCCCCAGCGGCAGCAUGCAUGACGCUGCACGCUGGGAGACCGCCCAGGGUUAUACACGCCGGGUUCAGUCACCUGACCCGGCGUUAAAGGCAAAGUGCCACAAUCACAGUGGGAGGUCUAAAUAUCUCCCACGUGUGAUUGUUAAUUCUGAUUGGAAAUCAUCCAAUCAGAGUUAACCUGAGGGUUUAAAUACUUACCUUUCCUGUUCCUCCUUGCCCUGUUGUGGUCUUUGCUUGUUAGUAUUGAUUCUGAACUUGUGCUUCUGGUUACGUACUCUCUGGCUUGUUAUCCGACUCUGUGGCUUUCUCCUACCCUUUGACCUCGGCUUGUUUCACGUUAUUCUGUCUUCUGGUUCCCCUUACUCGGCUUGUUCCUGACUAUUCUUUGUGUGCUUAGCCCGGCCACUCUAAGGUCCGGUACGGCACUUUGUGUGUGUGUGUGUGUGUUGGCGUGUUUGGUUCUCCGAAUCGUGACAUUACAACAGGGCCAUAAUGGAACCUGCUGACAUACCACAGCUUCUAGUUAAUCAAGAGGCUAGAAUGGAUGGCUUAGACCACCGUAUGGAUCAGUUUGCUCAAGCUUUACAAACCAUUCUGGCUCGUACUGCACACUUGCAACCUGCCGUUCAGGAGGCUGCUGCUGCUGUGCCCGAACCCAUUCCCACUCCAGUACCUGUUCCCGCUCAUGUAGUUCACAUGACGCCGCCACAGCGCUACAGUGGUGACCCAGCAUUGUGUCGUGGUUUCCUCAACCAAAUCGACAUCCAUUUGGUGAUGAAUCCACGCUCCUAUCCCACUGACAGAUCUAAAAUUGCCUUUUUGAUAAACCACUUGUCCGGGAGAGCUUUAGCAUGGGCCAACCCCAUUUGGGAAAAUACGUCUCCUAUGUCCUUUGCUGAUUUUCUGACAGCUUUCAGACGCACGUUUGAUCAACCCGGUAGGGUUGCUUCUGCUGGCAAGGCUCUGCUUAGGGUCCGACAGGGUAACAGGUCUGUAGCAGAUUUCACUAUCGAAUUUCGUACUCUAGCAGCUGAAGUGGUUUGGAAUAAUGACGCCCUCGUAACAGCCUUUCAGGAGGGUCUGGCCGCUUAUAUACUGGAUGAAAUAGCAUCCAGGGAAUUACCUGCUCUUCUAGAUGAUGUUAUAGACUAUGUGAUUCUUAUAGAUAACCAUAUUAGAGAGAGGCGUAGCCAAAGACGGUUGGAUACACGGGUGUUACCUGCUCUACCCAGUACUUCCCUGCUAGCGUUACCCGCUCCUGUGCAGCCAUCCCCUGAACCCAUGCAGUUGGGUGCUACAGGGUUAACUAAGGGCCGAAAGAGCGUACCGUAGAAAGGAGGGGUUAUGCCUUUAUUGUGGGAAGAGGGGGCAUCACUGUAAAGCCUGCCCUAAACUACAGGGAAACUGCAGCACCUAAGGCCUAGAGAGGGGUCGGCCUCGGGUGUUAUGACCUUGUCCCCUCAUAUGUCCAUCUCUAGACCGUUUAUUACGGUUUCUCUCUUGGUCAAUAAAACCACUAUAACAACCAAAGCCCUGAUCGAUUCAGGUGCGGUAGACAACCUUAUGGAUGAGACCUUUGCCAAAACCGCAGCCCUGAAUUUGAUUCGAAAGGAGACACCCUUGGCCGUUGAGGCCAUAGAUGGUAGACCACUGGAGAAACCUCUGGUGACCCAUGAAACCCAGGAAAUAGUUAUGUCUGUGGGUGUUUUGCACAAAGAGAAGUUAACCUUCCAAAUAAUUAACUCCCCAACAGCCUCCAUCGUUCUAGGUUUUCCCUGGUUAGUUAAACACAACCCUGUUCUUGAUUGGGGUUGUUUAGACAUACUUUCCUGGGGGGAAUCUUGUCAGCGAGACUGUGUGGCUCAUGUACAUCCUGUCUGUUUACUUAACGUACCCACGGCUAAACCACUCUCGGUUUCUGUGCCCUCUGUUUAUGCGGAUCUUGCCUUGGUUUUUGAGAAGAGGGAGGCAGAUAAGCUACCUCCACAUUGUGAGUAUGAUUGUGCCAUAAACCUCUUACCGGGCACUAUGCCUCCUAGGGGAAAGGUCUACCCUCUUUCUGAAAAAGAGAACCAAAUCAUGGAAGAGUACAUACAGGAAUCCCUAAGAAAAGGUUUUAUUAGAAGGUCCUCCUCUCCUGCUGGUGCUGGUUUCUUUUUUGUGGCUAAGAAGGAGGGUGAUUUGAGGCCAUGUAUAGACUACAGGGGUCUGAACAAUAUAACGGUUAAAAACGCCUACCCUAUCCCCCUCAUCACUGAGUUGUUUGAUCGUGUUAAAGGUUCUAAAUUUUUCACCAAAUUAGACCUCAGGGGGGCUUAUAACCUUGUCCGUAUAAAGGAGAAUGACGAGUGGAAGACAGCCUUCAACACACGCAGUGGGCAUUACGAAUAUCUGGUCAUGCCUUUUGGAUUGUGUAAUGCUCCUGCCGUGUUUCAGGACCUCAUAAAUGAUGUCCUUAGGGAUCUAUUGCAUGUCUGUGCUGUAGUGUACCUUGACGACAUACUUGUGUAUUCUCCUGAUUUGAAGUCACACCAUAACCAUGUUAGGAUGGUGCUCAAAAGGCUAUUGCAGAACGGACUCUACUGUAAGUUAGAAAAAUGUUUAUUCGAUCAGACCUCUGUGCAAUUCCUAGGAUAUAUCAUUACUGAACAGGGUUUCAGUAUGGAUCCUGCUAAAUUGGAAGCUAUAAUGUCCUGGCCACUUCCCCAAGGACUAAAGGCUAUCCAGCGUUUUAUAGGAUUUGCCAACUAUUAUAGGAAAUUUAUAAAAAACUUUUCACCACUCAUAUCUCCCAUAACGGAGUUGACAAAAAAAGGUCUACAUCCUAGGGUUUGGACUCCUGAAGCCCUUAAGGCCUUCGAAACCCUCAAGAAGGCAUUUGCCUCUGCUCCAGUGCUGCACCACCCUGAUCCUUCUCUUCCCUUUGUUAUGGAAGUAGACGCCUCAGAGUCAGGUGUGGGAGCCGUACUGUCACAGAGGUUGUCUUAUGACAAACCCCUCCAUCCCUGUUGUUAUUUUUCUAAAAGGUUGUCUGAUUCAGAGAAGAAUUAUGAUGUUGGGAAUAGGGAACUAUUAGCUAUUGUGUUAGCUUUCAAGGAAUGGAGGUACUUAUUAGAGGGUUCUAGACACAAAAUUAUGGUUAUAACAGAUCAUAAGAAUCUAUCCUAUAUUGCUGAUGCUAGAAGGUUAUCUGCCCGGCAGGCUAGAUGGUCUCUAUUUCUCUCACGCUUCCAAUAUGUUAUCACCUAUAGACCUGGUUGCCGUAAUGCCAAGGCUGACGCCAUCUCUCGGCAGCAUGAACCAGUAGAAUUUGUUAACCCGACUCCUGAACCUAUUGUACCUGAGUCUCAGAUAAUAGCUGCUACCCGUUUGGUUGUUUCUUCACCUUUCCUUACCAGUAUUAAGACAUACCAAACCCAGGCACCCCCUGAGACGCCGGUUGGUAAACUAUACGUUGAAGCUAAUGACAGAAAAAAGUUGUUAACUUUAUUUCACACAGCCAAAACUGCUGGUCAUCCGGGGGUUACCAAAACCUACAAGGGCCUCCUUCAACAGUUCUGGUGGCCUUCACUCAAGCGAGACGUAGUGGAUUUUGUUCAGGCUUGUCAGGUCUGCACGCAAUGUAAGUCCCUUAAUGUGAGACCCCAGGGUUUUCUGAUGCCUCUAUCUAUACCCAAGAAACCAUGGACCCACUUAUCCAUGGAUUUCAUUGUAGACCUGCCUCUUUCUGAUGGUCAGACGGUGAUACUGACUGUGACGGAUAGGUUCUCUAAAAUGGCGCACUUCAUUCCGCUUAAGAAACUGCCUUCUGCGGUUCAGUUAGCUCAGGUAUUUGCCAAAGAAGUGUUCCGAUUGCAUGGGGUACCCCAGGAUAUCUGACAGGGGCCCUCAAUUUGUCUCUCGGUUCUGGAGGGGCUUUUGUGCUGAGAUGGGGGUCUCCUUGUCGUUCUCUUCCUCCUAUCACCCGCAAUCUAAUGGUGCGGCCGAACGUGCUAAUCAGUCUGUGGAAUUGUAUUUGCGCUGCUUCACUAAUGCGCACCAGGAUGACUGGUCUCGCCUUCUUCCGUGGGCUGAAUUUGCCAGGAAUACGGUGACUCAUUCGUCUACUGGCUUAAGUCCUUUUGAGGUUGCCUAUGGGUUUCGUCCUUCUGUCCUUCCCGGUGCGUUCUCCGACAAGGGAAUGCCCGCCUUGGACCAGCACCUCGCCUCUUUGCGGAAGACAUGGGAUCAAGUCCAUGUUGCGCUGUCUCGUUCAGCGGCUGCUCAGAAAAAGUUUGCUGAUCGCCGUAGGGUUGCGGCCCCUUCCUAUGUUCCGGGUGAUAGGGUAUGGUUGUCCUCCCGGAACCUCCGUCUCAAGGUUCCCUCGAUGAAAUUCGCCCCCAGAUUUCUUGGUCCCUUCAAGGUGUUACGUAGGGUUAAUCCCGUUUCCUACUCCCUUGAUUUGCCUCCUUCCAUGCGUGUCCCGAACACGUUUCACGUCUCGCUUUUGAAGCCCUUGCUGUGUAACCGGUUCUCUCGUCCCCUCGGGCGGCCCGUUUCCCCUCGAGCUGUCUCUGACGACGUGUACGAGGUGGCUACCCUUCUCGACUCUCGUGUUUCUAGGGGUCGGCUGCAAUAUUUGGUGGACUGGAAGGGGUACGGCCCUGAGGAGCGGUCCUGGGUUUCAAGCUCCGAUGUGCACGCUCCCUCUUUGGUCCGCUCCUUUCAUGCCCGCUUUCCUUUGAAGCCUUCCGCUUCCCGCCCCCUGGGUGGUCUUCGAGGGGGGGGUAAUGUCAGGCUCCCGCGGGCGGCUGCGAGGGGAGGCUGCACUCCGCUCGCAGUACUCACCCUCCAGCCGUCCGCGGUCCCCUCCCCUCGUGGGUACGGCGAGCGGCAUCCUUCCAGCCUCGGAUGCCGCCCGCCGUUCCCUCCACGUCCCCCAGCGGCAGCAUGCAUGACGCUGCACGCUGGGAGACCGCCCAGGGUUAUACACGCCGGGUUCAGUCACCUGACCCGGCGUUAAAGGCAAAGUGCCAGAAUCACAGUGGGAGGUCUAAAUAUCUCCCACGUGUGAUUGUUAAUUCUGAUUGGAAAUCAUCCAAUCAGAGUUAACCUGAGGGUUUAAAUACUUACCUUUCCUGUUCCUCCUUGCCCUGUUGUGGUCUUUGCUUGUUAGUAUUGAUUCUGAACUUGUGCUUCUGGUUACGUACUCUCUGGCUUGUUAUCCGACUCUGUGGCUUUCUCCUACCCUUUGACCUCGGCUUGUUUCACGUUAUUCUGUCUUCUGGUUCCCCUUACUCGGCUUGUUCCUGACUAUUCUUUGUGUGCUUAGCCCGGCCACUCUAAGGUCCGGUACGGCACUUUGUGUGUGUGUGUGUGUGUUGGCGUGUUUGGUUCUCCGAAUCGUGACACCAAUCUUCAUUUCUCCUUUGUGUUAAUGUGGACUCACACUCAGAAGUUGAACUGUUUGGAUAUAAAGUGACCAUCAAGCAUGGCAGUGAGGUUCCCAAGUUUAUUAAUCUGGGGGAAGCCACCAGUGUAGGCUGCCCAGAUGCUAAGUUUAGUGUCUGUUUUGGUUAUCUAUGUAAGAGUGAGUGCAUAUCCAAGGUGAUUCUGCUGCAGAAUUCAUUUGAUCAUUCAGCAAGUCAACAGAUUUCAACACUGAAUUGGCUAAUACGGUAUUUCAACAUUCCUGUUUGUUUACCAUCUUAAAGAAUAAGAAGAAUACUGGGGAUGAUAAUUAAUUGUAGUGAAUUAUCUUUUUGAGAAGGGGAUUAAGUUAAACAUGUUAUUAAAUGCCAUAGUGUGAGAAUAAUUCGGUUUGAGGAAUACCUUUGAACUUCCUCGUGUGCCCUGGAGGUUUCUUUUAUGAACAUUCAGUGCUGAACCUUCAGGGUCAUGACUUAAUCUUAUAACAUCUCUAAGUGUUUUGUUUCAUUUAGAAAUAGAUAUGUACACACUGUUUUAAGAUGUCACUGUUAUAAUGUGUUGUUGCAUAAGCAGACAUGUCUGAAUCUAACCCACCCUAUUCUUUAUAUUAGGUAUUAUCCUGGGAUUUUCUGUUCGGAAAUAUAAUAUGUCCUUCCGGGAGAUCAAAUAUUUCUCGUUCCCAGGAGAGCUUUUGAUGAGAAUGCUCCAGAUGUUGGUCCUUCCGCUCAUUGUGUCCAGCUUGGUUACAGGUACACUAACAAUACAUUCUUGUUACACAUGCAUGCUUUAUAACAAUAAGUAUGGAUGUAAUUCUACAUACUGCCUAAAGGGUUUUAAAGUAAUGUCUGCAGGUACAAAGGGUGUCCGCUACGACUGUAGAUGUGAUAAGCGCAUCCUGAUUUUCAAUCAGAACUGACUUUAAUUCUUCUCCAGGUAACAACCCUGUAGAUCUGAAGGUGGAGACUUCUGUUCUUGUAGAACGAUUCGAGAAUAUGCUUUUAUCACAGAAAUCCACAGAAAUAAAACCUAUAGUGUAUAGGUAGGCAACCUUUGGCACUUCAAAUAUUUGGCACUCUCCCAUAAUGAACUCAGAGUCAUAAUACUGGCAAAGCAUCAUGGGAGAUGCAGUCCACAAUAUUUGGAAUGCCAAAUGUUGCCUACCCCUACUAUCAUGUUUGAAUGUAAUGCAGAGUUUCACUGCAAUAAAACUCACCACAAUAUGCAUGAGUGUUUGGAUAAGGAAAGAAAUCUGUUGAUAUAUUUUGUAUUAUUAAUGUAGUAUGUAUCACAAAGCUCCACAUAAUUAACUUCUUAAGGACGGCAGGCGUGCUAUGCCAUCCUUAGGGAACCGGCUCUAAACCCCGGGGGUGGGGUCCCCGCCAUCCUUUGUACUUACCCGUUCGCCGGCGAUCCCAGGGAGUACCUCUCCUUCCUCUUCGGCAAAAGUUACAGAGUCAAAUAUAAGGCUUACAUUUCAGUUUUUUCACAUUAAAAUUCACCAGAUUGGUUAUGUUGCCUUUGAGACCGUAUGGUAGCCCAGGAAUGAGAAUUACCCCCGUGAUGGCAUACCAUUUGCAAAAGUAGAUAACCCAAGGUAUUGCAAAUGGGGUAUGUCCAGUCCUUUUUUAGUAGCCACUUAGUCACAAACACUGGCCAAAAUUGGCGUUCAAAUUAGUUUUUUGCAUUUUUCACACACAAAAAAAUAUGAACACUCAAAAUGACGAAAUAGGCGGGCGACAGCAGGGAGCAAUCAGAUGCUUCCAUUUGGAAGCAUCAUUGCAACCUUGUGCGCAUGCGCGGCUUUGCCGCACAUGCGCACAUACUUCAUAGCCCUCUGAAGUCCUGAGCGCACUACCGCGCAUGCGCGUGGUGUGCGUGGCCGCGAGCUGAGCUGUCAGCCCGUUUUUGCCCGCCCCCUCUCCUCUGCUGACAGGCAGGAGAGAGCAGGCGUGCACACAGUGCCUUCUCUCUCCUGCACACGUCAGACGUAUCUUAAUACGUCUGACGUGUACAAGGCCUUUUUAGGGUCCUACAUGAUAGGAAGUCCCUCUGGUGGCCGUCUGAGUGACGGCCACUGGAGGUAUUCCUAUCAAUCAAUGUAAACACUGUAUUUUCUCUGAAAAUACAGUGUUUACAAUAGAUUGCCUGCAGGGAGCUAUAGAUCUCACCUAAACAAAUACAUUAAGCUGUAGUUGUUCAGGUGACUAUAGUGUCCCUUUAUCAAUUAUUAUAUUUGUUUCAUUAUCAUUUUUUUAUGUACAGAUGAAAUAUUAUAUAUAAUGUACCCAAUGCAAUUUUUUUCAGCUGCAAUGUAUUACACUGUAAAAUCACAGAGUUGAGCCAUAUAUUCAAUAUCAGAAAUAUCUCUUAUGGCCACACUUGUUUUGAUCUGUUAACUUAUUAAAAGUGGUCUCAAGUGCACAAGUUGAGAACAGUACUGUGAACCAAUACACACAGACAAAGCGAGUCAUGUCAUGGGCAUGUACAUAAUCUAUAGCUUGAUACAAUGAUAUAUGAUAAUAUGAUACACACAGCUGGUAAGUCAGUCUUAGCACUGAACGGAAAUGUUAAAGUAACCUCAGAAUUCUUUUGUCACUAAACAGUCAGAUGGGGUGAAUUUAAAAACGUUUAGGACCUAGAUGCCGAUUGGCGUUCAUUCUCCUAUAUAGCUAUAUUGAAUAUACCAACUCUGCUUUUAUUGUAUCUGAAUUUCUGCUUCUAGUUUGCCAAAACUGUUCACCAUUGUUUAAAGCAUAGUUAUUCACUAAACCAGAUUGAUUAGAGAAUUCCAAAUUGAAUCCAAUGUAGCAAAUUAAAGUAACAGAUAAUGUUUUAAACUAUUUGUUAUAAUAAGUAUGGAUGUAAUUCUACACAUUGACUAAAACAAGCUGAGCUCAUUUCUAUACUUGUCAGUAAAAAGUAGCCAUUAUGUGUUGUUUAUACCAACAGUAGAUCCCUGUGGCUAAAAAUACUGUCACACUUCCAUAAUCCAUCUUUUGUCUGUAUGCUACUCAUGUCUCCACUGAUACAGACGACCACUUAGUACUUACUAUUGAUAUAUUAUACUAUAAGCAAGUGGUGUUGCCAUUGCUUACUAAACUAACAUAGUUCUGGUAAGUAUAAAAAGAGGGCAGAUUCGGAGCUCAAUCUGCAGAGUAGCACACUUCGAUUAGAUUACAAAUGACUCCUUUGCCAUUUCUCUCUUUAUUCAUUUGAAGCCCUUUGUCUGUGAGUUAUUCCCUAGUUAUUCCCUUCCCACUAAUAUUCACAUGUCAACAUUACCUGCCAAUUCACCACUUCCUCACAAAAUAGAUUCAAACGUUGCUGCGCUAUUACACCUCCUUCCCAAACUAAAACCUUGUGUUUCUUGUAAUUAGCCCUUUCCUCCAAAACUAGAUCUUCAUAUUUGCUAUUUCCUCCCCAAAUUAGGCCCCUCGCAUUUCCCUACCAGUAAAUUAUUUGCCUCCCUAAACUAGGAUCCUUGCUAUGCCCCGCAAAUAAAUGAUUACUCCAACCACCAUGACCACUUAAGUGAUUUAAAGUGGUCAUAGUGAUUGGAGUAUGUAUGUGCUGUGUUUGAGUUUGAAACACUACUCAUACUGAGUUAUUGCUAAUUGUGUGCUGGAGGGCUAGUUGGACUUCCAGCAAAUGUGACAUUGGGAAGCUAGAACCCAAUGUCAAUUCUGUGCAUAAAAAAUGUUUGUAAUUAGUGUGCACUGCAUGCUGAAAACAAACAUGAAAAUCUUCCUUUUGCAGGCAGAGCAUAUUCAACAGGAAGAUUGCUUCCCCCUCCCUUCCACCCUCUCGGCAUUCCCUCCAUUGAAGAAUAAUCGUUUUUUUGAGCACACGCUCUGAGCCAGCAAAGCCUGUGAUUAGACUGACGUCGAAGAAGGCAUGCCUGUAAAUGUUUUACUCAUCCUUCUGCACUACACACAGAAACACUGUUGUAAACAGCAAUUUUGUGUCCACCUUGCUUAUGUCUAUCUUGUCAAAAAAGGAGGAGGUAUAUAGCAGCCCACGGCUGGGAAUUUGUUAUUGCCAGGGACAUGUGCCCUCAGGAUUUCACAUGAUCCUGUGCAACAAACUGAAAGUGGGAGCAGGAAGUGACAUUAUAUUCCUUCUCCUGUGAGUGAGUUAUAUGCAGAGAGAGAGCCUAAAUAGGCAACCAAACAUGUUUCUUUUUCCGAGUAUAUAAGUGGUUCUACCUCAUGGCUAGGUGGGUGCACUUGUCCUCCUACACCCUCCAGAAUCCACUGGAGGUUUAAAUUGGGAAAGACAAGUUACUGACUGAAAACUUUUAAUACAUCCUAUAGGUUAGAAAGACAUUUGUGUUAAAGAAAACCUUGUAAUGUGUUCUGGAAGAGUUUCUUUGGCAACACCAACAUGUUUACAAUGACCUGGUAGAGUUGCUAUGGCAAGUGCUGCAACAGCCCUGUAUGCAGAGCAUACCUGCCAAUCUUCUCUGUCCACUUUCCAGGGAGGUAGGCAAGAAGAGAGCAAGCUUUGUGCAGAGAGCAGGUCCACCCCAAAAUAUAGUGACCAGCAAAUUUUGGACUAUAUCCCCAUAGACCGGUAUAUAAAUUUCUCAGUAUUUAUGUUUGUUUAGAACAAUACAGGUGGUCUUUAUGUCUGAGAAGAGAGUUAUCUUAUUGUUUAGCUAUAUAGUUUUUAUGUCCACUAAGAGAGAUACAUGGUCUGUGUUUGUAUGCAAUGGUUAUAGUUAUAUAACUAAUUAAGCUGAAAAAAAUUAAAAUAAAAAAUUAAAAUAAAAAAUUAAAAUAAAAAACAUUUGGAAUGGCCAAUUUUUGCUUCCAAGCAGUUUGACUUGUCUGAAUUUUGUUAACAAAAAAAACAAAUUGUGGAAAACGAACCAGAGUAACCACAAAAAGUGACAACAGUGGUUUCAAAUAUGUGCAGCUUACUAUUGUUGAAUUAAAAAAUUUACUUUUAAUUUCAAUAAAAGAUUUAUUUUAAUUUUUUUCGAUCCUGCUGGUCAAAACAGACCAAAAAAAACAAUUCCAACUUUUUUAUUCUUCUAUUGUGAAAUAAUUUUGUAAUGUUACAUAUAUAGACCAUCUUUUCUUAUGGAUACAUUUUCUUACCAAUAUAGUUCAUAAUUUGUAUGUCCUCUCUUGUUAAUAUUUAUUCUUAAUUUUCCCAAUACCCACAAUAUUUUUUAGCCCAAGUUCAGUGACUCAUCCAAACCAUCAUUCAAUAAAUUCAAUGUAGCAGAAACUUUUUGAAUGAGAGUACUUGUCUUCCAACUCUUAUUGUUAGUUACUCGUUGAGGAAUGCUCAUUGUCCUGCCCUUUCUCUCUCAAGUUUAAUAGAACCCGGGUGAUUUAGGCCGUGUGAAUUUUGUGAUACCUUUCUUUCCUAAAAGGGACUCGAGUUAAAAAUAGCGGAAAUAAUUCCUUCCUCUUUCCAUUCGUAGAAAAUCUUUUGAUGGUAUUAUGAUGUAGGUUCCUACAGAAUUAAACGAUUGCAGUAAAAAAAUAAAAAAUAAAUACCAUUUAGUAUUAAUAUUGUUAUGCUUCUUGAAUGGUAUAAUAUAUAUUGAACUAUUAACGUAUCUCCUUCCAUCUUUUGUCUAGCCUUCUCCUUACCCUGCAUCUACAACCACAUUACCCUGCCGUUGUUUCUUUAAUGGUAGUUUUCCUAAUGUGAGUAAAUAAGUCUGUAAAGGUUAAAGUUCUCCUGUUCUUUUUACUUUUCUCUUCUUAUUAUCUAAGUUAUCUCAUAUGGAUACACUCAUCUUUAACGCUUUACUCAGUCUGGCUAAGGCUCAUCACAUAGUUACGCAAACUAAUGGGGACCCUUUUUUUAUUGUUUUGUAAUUCAUAUAUACAAUAAAGAUCACUUGCAAUAUAGUGUUUGUUUUACAUUCUCAUCAAACAUGAUAAUCUUAUUUUUUACUUUUUCUUUUUUCAAAUUUCCAUUUCUUUUCCAUUAUUAAAUAUUGUAACAUUAACAUACACCAUGUUUUAAAGCAUAUUCAAAAAAUGUUUUCAAUAAAUACAACAAAUGCAACACAAAUAACAAACUGGAAAAAAAGGGUGAUAACUCACAGCGUGAGAUUCAAAACUUUACCAAGCAGGGGCUAAUUUAGGAGAGGUUGUAUCUGUGUAAGCAGACAUUAUUGGCAGUCAGCUGGUAAAAAAAUAGCAACAAGGUUUGCCACCCAGCAGCUAUUUCAUUGGCAAUGUUUGUAAAACAUGCUUCCAGCAGCAAAAAUCGCUGUUUAACACUGUAGGGACAACUUUAGUUUAAUGGAGUGGUUUAUGUGUAAAGAUCAUGCCCCCACAGUCUCACUGCUGAAUUCUUUGCCAUUUAGGAGUUAAAUCCUUUUAUUUAUACAACCCUUGUUACACCUCUGUGCAUGUGACUCACACAGCCUUCCUAAACCCUUCCUGUAAAGAAACAUCUCACUUUAAAAUCUCCUUUAUUGCACAUUCUAUUUUAUUUUUUCAUCUCCUGCUCUAGUAAUAGCCUGCUAAAACCUGUAAGAGCCUCCCAUGUUUGAUUAAAGUCCAAUUACUAGCGCAGGAGAUACAAAUUUCUAAAUUAAACAUACUGUGUUUUGAAAUCUGAUUUAAAACUAAACCUUUUUUUCACGCAGGCUGCAUAAGAAUUAUUGCCAGGGGAGACUGGCUAGGGCUGCAUGAACAGAAACAAAAGUGAUUUAACUAUUAAAUGUCCGAGUAUUGAUCAAUGAAACUUUAGGGGCAUGAUCUAUACACAAAAACUGUCUCAUUAAACUAAAGUUGUUUUGAUCGUUAGUGUCCCUUUAAUAGUAAUUAAUAUUAAUAUAUUGUUUACUCCACAAUCUAGUGAAGUUUAAUAACUGGUACUGAAGAUACUGUCAUGGAUGUACAGUGUUACACAAAUUAAAGUGCCAAAAAUCCUUAAAUUUUACCUUUGCUCAUUGAUAGAAGGAGAUGGGAUUCUUUGGCUUCUAUAACUCUCCCCCUCAAAGCCUGUACUCCAUCCAUUCCUGCCAAUGCCUUUUUAUAUAUGUACCCAAGUAACCUGGAGGUGAUUGGAGAAUCUCUAAAGUCUAUACUCCGUCCUGGACCCAAAAGCACACAAUUGUGACUUUCCUAUGCUUUGCAAUGAGCUGAAAUACAGCUCACUGCGAAGGGGAAAGGUAGACUUGCUCUAGCACAUGAGCUAACAGAAGAGGAAGAGAGCCUCUCUGGCAGUCUGAUUGGCAGUCAGACAGAUGUUUCUGCCCCAAAUAUAAAAUAGAAAUUGCCUCUUUUAGGAACCAUCGCAAAUAUGACAGUCUCUAGACAUAGUAAUGGAUCAUUAUGAGGUCUUAAAGGAACACUAUACUGUUAGGAAGACAAAACUGAAAUGGGAAGGUCUAAUGUGGUGUGCAUUAGACCUUCCCCACAGGAAAGGAUUGAAUCAAUAGUUUGCUAGGGGUGUUUGCAUAUGCUGAACACAGUCAUGCAAAGCGUGAGAACGCCCAACCUCUUUUCACUGAGUUAAACUCAAUGAUAAGCUGGAAGACAGCCACUGGAGUUGGACUUAACACUGCAAUAUAAACACUGCAGUUUCACUGCAAUGCUUUAAGUUGACGGUUUAAGGGGACAGGGGCACAUCACCCAGACAACUUCAAUGAGAUGCCCAAAAAUAAUUAUACUAUUUUUUUUUGUAUGACAAUAUAUUAAUAUAUGUAGUUGAUUAAAUAAUAUGCAAUAAAAUAUAUGGUGGUUUACUGAGGAUAAUUAAUGUAAAACUGUAUUAAUAGCAGAUGUUGUGAAAGACAAGGCUGAUGGCUGAUUUAAUUAUAUAUUUUUUUCACACAAAAUAUAAUUUUCCAAGUUAAAUUAAAAUGUUGUGAAGGAUUUUCCUUUUUUUUUAUUGUUUAGCGAAAUGCGUUGGAUAUGGAAGUCUUGUUUUGUAACACUGUUUAUCUCACAGUUCUGAACAGAGACAGCGUGAUGAUUUUGCAGGGCAUCUCAUGUUGCCAAAAAUAUCCAUUCUAGUGAAUUAUGCAUACUUCCCUUGAACUUUUUUCUUUUUUAGAUGCAAAUUUUAGGCCACAGUGAAUGACUGUUGGCAUCACAUCUAUAAUUGUUUAUUCAGCAGGGUAUGUUAUGAGCAUGUCUCUAUAAUUGUGAGAUACAGUUUUUUCUUCUCAUUGCUAUUUCCUUCCCUUGAGAAACAACACGGGAGCCACCAAGUGCUCAUUAUGCAUCAAUCUUCAUAUAUUUAAUCUGCAUCAAUGAUUUGUUUUGUUUUUGGGUGAAACGAAUUGAGCAAUGGGAGGUUAAAGUAUCAUCUGGAAAUGGAAACUGUAGUUGUAUAUCCAAUAAUAUCCAAAGAAUUAACAUUAUCCAAUCCUAUAAAAUAGUCAUUGUCUAAAACGCAGCAUACGCCAUUUACAAAAUAAACACAAAAUAAAAACGUAUUUAACUUCUGUGCAAUUUUAUUACUGAAGUAUAAUACUAAUUUAAUUUUGCAUUGUAUAUUAUACCUCGUAUAAUGCUCAUGGCAUAUCCAAGGAUGAUAUUUGGCAGAUAUGAUGUAGAUAAUGUCAAACUCGUGGCCCACGGGCCGCAUGCAGCCCACAAUGGACAUCUUUGCGGGCCGGUGAGCCGCGAGUACAUGCUUAGUUUAAAGCAGAGUAGGCACCUGCUUUCUCCACAUUGCAGGUGCCUACUUUGCUAAAAUUUACCUGGCUGGGAGGAGAGGUCGCUGAAGGAGCUCAGUCUUCCUGUUCUUCACUGCUCCCUCGCGCGCGCCGCCUGUAGUGAUGCCGGAAUAUGACAUCAUAUUUGGCACCCGGCAUCACUAAACUGCGCACGUGAGCAGUGAGCAGCAGGAAUGAGAUCUCCAGAUAGAAGAUCCCCACUGGACCCUAGUGAUAAAUACAAUGAUGUGAGCAUGUGCAAGAAUGUGUAAAUGUGUGUGUCUGUCAGUGAGUGUGUGUCUGUCAGUGAGUGUGUGUGUGUCUGUCAGUGAGUGAGUGUGUGUCUGUCAAUGAGUGUGUGUGUGUGUCUGUCUGUGUAUGUCAGUGAGUGAGUGUCUGUAUGUGUCAGUGAGUGUGUGUGUCUGUCUGUCUGUCAGUGAGUGUGUGUGUCUGUCUGUGUGUCAGUGAGUGUGUGUGUCUGUCAGUGAGUAUGUGUGUUUCUUUCUGCGUGUGUCUGUCUGUGUGUGUGUGUGUGUGUGAGUAAGUGAGUGAGUGAGUGAGUGAGUGUCUGUCUGCGUGUGUUUCAGUGAGUGUGUGUGUCUCUCUGUCAGUAAGUAUGUGUGUUUCUUUCUGUGUGUCAGUGUGUGUCUGUCAGUGAGUGUGUCUGUGUGUGUGUCAAUGAGUCUGUGUGAGUCUGUGUGUCUGUCAGUGAGUUUGUCUGUGUGUGUGUCUAUCAGUGAGUGUGUAUGUCAGUGACUGAGUUUGUGUCAGUCAUUGUUGCGAUGGCCGCGACUGGUUAGUGGAGGACCUGGAGGAGCACGGAGGCACGCAACGCCAUGUCACAUUCCAACGUGACGUCAACGUGCUUCACCUUCACAGGGUUUCAAGAAGUAGCGGGAGGAUCCGCUUUGGCACAGGGUGCAGACACCGCCAUUUGGGGUAUGCCAGAGGCCGGACUCCGGAGUCGCAUACUGGCAGCAGCAAUGUUAGUGGAGUCUGUUUGUUGGCUAGAAGUGGGUGCUGGGAUUUAGCUGAGUGGGGGACAGGGAUUUGGUAUAUGGGUGGACUGAGAUUUAAUAGAGGGAGUACUGUGAUUUAGUAGAGGGGGUGCUGUGGUUUAGUAGAGGGGGAUGCUGAGUUUUUUAUACUGUACUUUUCAAAAGAAACCUACGAUGAAAAUUUAAGUUUAGUUUUUUUUACGGCCCACAUAAACUUAAACCUUGUUUAUAUGGCCUGUGCUAGAUGUUGAGUUUGACAUGCUUGAUGUGGAGCCAACACGCAUUGUGUAUAGAGCAUUAUAAUAUACUGUAUUGCUCGAUCUGCUUGCUGACCUUGGGAUCAGAGGCUACUGGAACUAUGGAUGAAAAACUAAAGCCACCCAUUUCAGGUCUAUAGCCACUAUUUAUAGUACUGAAAAAACAUAAGUAUAAACAUUUAGACAUGCAUUAGUGAGAAAAGAUUUCAAAGCCGUGCCUCUCAGACAACAAAAAUUCUUAAAGAAAAAAAACAACUUGCCAGCAGUAUUGUACCAACCGUGACAUCUGUCACUCUAUUUUCCUCUUGCAAACUUGUCAGAGGAAUAAUCACAGCAACUACAGGACAUUUUACUAGUAUUGUUUAUGAAACAUAUAUAUUGUAGUCAUAGUUCUAAAAUUAAUUAACACCUAUAUAUAAAAGCAAAAACACUUGCUUAGUAGUAUUGGAAGUGUAAAUUUAAAACAUGGAUUUGCCAAGGUUAGGCUUUCAAUGGCCAAACUUAAAAGACCACUAUAGUGCCAGGAAAACAUACUCAUUUUCCUGGCACUAUAGUACCCUGAGGGUGCCCCCAUGCUCAGGGUCCCACUCCCGCCGGGCUCUGGGGAGAGGAAAUGGGUUAAACCUACCUUUCUUCCAGCUCCGGGCGGGGAGCUCUCCUCCUCCUCUCCGCCUCCGAUCCUCCUCUUCGGCUGAAUGCGCAUGCGCGGCAGAAGCUGCGCGCGCAUUCAGCCGGUCUCAUAGGAAAGCAUUCAUAAUGCUUUCCUAUGGACGCUGGCGUCUUCUCACUGUGAUUUUCCCAGUGAGAAACACGCAAACGCCUCUAGCGGCUGUCAAUGUGUCAGCCACUAGAGGCUUUAGAGGCUGGAUUAACCCAUUUAUAAACAUAGCAGUUUCUCUGAAACUGCUGUUUAUAAAAAAAAUGGGUUAAUCCUAGAGGGACCUGGCACCCAGACCACUUCAUUAAGCUGAAGUGGUCUGGGUGCCUAGAGUGGUCCUUUAACAUAUUUCCAUUCUAACUGAUUGUCAUACUAUCCGAUUAUUGCGUAAUACACAUAAACAAGGUAUACUUUUGUAUGUGAUCUGUUUUUGUAGGAAACUGUGAAUUACAUCUUGCUUGUGUUACCUAAACUGGUAUUCAAAAUCAAUUAGUAUUAUUAUUCUUAAAACGCAAUGUAUUUUAUAGAUUACCUGGCAUUGUUUUGACCCUUUUACUAUCGACGUCUUCACAUAUCACUGAUUUUUGUUGUCACUGCAUAAGAAAAUAUAUAACAACUACACCCAGCACUGGUUCCAUUCCAUCCUCACACUAAAUGAAAAUUUAUCAGCAAGAGUCUCAUACAUUUAAAUAAUAUUUUCUCAUUCCCACUCCUGCACUGUAUAAAAGCCUGCAUGGAUUAUGGUCUGGGGUCUCUGGAAUAACAUAAUGCUGGAGAAGGAAAUUACAUUAAAUUAUUUGGUAUACAUUGUAUACCCAGUGUAGUCAUAGCACCACAAUAGCAUCCGGUAAUGUAUAUAUUUUUUUAAUUAGACAUGCUUCAUUUUAGCAUGACAGGAGUAUUUACUGUAUAUGAUUAGUAUGCCUAUUGACUAUUAUAAUGUUUUAUUAUGCUGUCAUUAAGGAAAUUCCCCAAAAUGCCAGCAGUUUCCUUACAAAUACUCACAGUGAGCAUAGCUGACCAUUUCUAUUUAUUGCCUGCGGCGUUGAAUGUAUGUUCUUGUAUGCCAGCCAUACAGUAGUGCGACCACUGUCCCAUGGCUUGCUUUUAUGAUGAUCAGACCAAAGGGUGAGAAAAGCAUGUGUUGAGGGUAUAAUGGAAGAAAGGUGUUUGAACGUGUCCUAAUCCAUCACAGACUGUGAAUGUCGGUGCCAGAAGAAGUUUAUGUAAAGAUGUGUUGCAUGCGGAGAGCAAAGGAUCUUAACGGGACAGUCGAAGCACCAAAACAACUUUAGCUUAAUGAAGCAGUCUUAUUCACUUCUGAUGACCAUUCAGUUCAAUCCAUUGUUUGCUUUUUUCUUACCAGCCACCAAACUAAAAAAAAAUAAAAAAAUUUGGGGUCAAUCAGAAAACAGAAGAAAUGCCCAGCAGCAACCUAGUUAACCCCUUAAAGACAGUAGGAUGUUUCAUUAUGCCUAACUUUAAUGUGCUUUAAUUGUUUUAGGACACCUUGACACGUCCUUAGUGUCCCCAAACUGACCGAUGAGCUCUGUGCAGUGCUAGAAGUCAGCACUGUACAGAACCCUUUAACUCAUUCGUAAAACCACUGCAGUUUUUCUGGGAUGCAAGCAGCUUUGGGGAGACCCACUAGGUCUGAAUAGACUGACCGUGACUUAUGCUGGGCUUUGGCAACUGCUCAGCACUGAUCACAUGAUUGGAUCAAUGAAUUACACUAAGCCUAAUUUUGAACACGGCCAGUAGAAGGUGGUAACAUACCUUCAUCUACUGUGUGUUAAAUAGCAAAACCCAGUUCUAGUAUCAGAAUUGAUUUUAGCAGUGGGUUACCAUAGGUUUAGGGUAGGGUCUGAGUUAGAUUUAGGGUACGAUUAGGAUCAGAUUUAGCAUUAAGAGUAGGGUAGGGUUACAAUUAGUUUUGGGUUAGGGUUAAGUGUAGGGUUGGGGUUCAUGCAGAGUUAGGUUUGUGUAGAGUUAGGUAAGUAUUACUGUUGGGUAUGGGUUAAUGCUAUUCUAAGGUUAUAAUAGUGUGGGGUUGAGGUUAAUGGUGAGAUUAGGGUAGGCAUAUGGUUAUAUUUAGUGUUAGCAUUAUGUAAGGGGUAUGGUUGGUAUAGCAUUGGUAUGGGGCUUGGAAUAGGUUAGUGGUAACUAUCAAAUUUAGUUUCUAAACACAUUAGGCAUUUUACAAUCAGAACUGAUAUGUGAAUCUAUUUUAAGUUUUUUUAAAUUAGUUGCACUGGAUGUAUAAAAAUUAUUAUAAGCAAACAUGUAAAAAAUGUGACGGUGAGAAAUAGUGUCAGUGAGAUACCUUUACACUGAAAAAAAAUGAAGAAUUUAAAUAGUCUAGGACAACCAUCUGCACCACCUAUUUCCAGUAUGAUAGACGCACAAAUCCUCAAAUUUAUAAAUAUAAGAUAUGAGAAAAUAUACAAAAAAAUGUAUUGAAGGUUGAAGGUAGUAUAAUGCAUACUUCUGCUAAUCCUAUGCAUAAAGAAAUUUACAUUAAGUAGCUUUAAUACCAUUCAUGAUUAUGAUAUUAUUAUAUUAUAUUAUGAUAUUUUAAAGCAUCAAGCCCCUUUAUCCAAGCUGAGAUUAAAAAAUCUGGGAAGUAUUAAUUAAUCAUGGCUAGAGUAUAUAUUGUGAUGUAGUAAUCUUGAUCUCUCUGUAGAGCAGUGUAUGACUUCAGAAGAGAAACACUUACCUGUAAUGAGCACCCAAGAAAUCUGAAAGACCUAACUUUCUUGCUUUAAGCUACAUUCAGUAGACUUUAGGACAGGGGUAGUCAACCUUUUAGUAGUACUGUGUACAAAAUAAGAUAUUUAAUUCCCAUGGCGUGUCGGUCCUAUUUUUUUAAAUCGAGGUGUAUAUGUUGCUGUAUUCUGCUUGUGUUCUUUAUGAGUGCUGCAGUUGCUUUGUAACCUGUGCGUAUGUGGGGUGUUAUAUUGUACAUGUCCGUGAGCAGUUUGUGGUAUUGUGCAUGAUACUUAUGAAUGUGGGCUGCAUAUAGGGGCUGCUUGUGGAGUUGUGUGUCUGAAUGAUAUGUCACAUUGUGUGUUUGGUGGUGUGUGUAUGUGUGGGGCUGCUUGUGGUAUUCCAUGUGAGAGGCUACUUGUGGGAUUGUCAGUGGGAUUGUUUUUGUGGGGACUGUGAGUGUUUUUGUGUGUGGGCUGUUUGUAUUAUUUCUAUGAGGGGAAACGUAUCCUGUAGCUCUGUGUAUAUCAAGCAGUGUGGGUGGCUUAUCUGGGGUCCAGUGUGGACCGGGAUGGCCAGGUUUACCUUAAGUACAGCAGCUAUUAUAGCUACUACGGGCUGUCCUACUUAAUUGUGGAUUCCCGUUCACAAGUGCUGGAAGGAAGUGAAAUGAGAUGCAACAAAGCAUACAUUGAGGAUUGUCCAUCACCACCUGCAAUCAUAGCUGAAGACCCACUGGGACUCCUGAAAGACCCCUACUUUAGGAGAAUCAUGUGCUCUUAGUACAGCCUGUCACCCAAUAGCAAUGGUGAGUUGAAAGGUACUGUUGUCAAAAUACUCCUUAGAAAGAAAAGAAUAGUCAGACAUCAGUAAUAUCUUAAGGGGAGAGUAUGUAAUGUGGGUGAUGUAUUAUAUCAUAUGUUUUCUUUGAUAUUGCAUUGCACAUGAACUUUAAAGGCUAUCUUCCCACUGCAUCAACUAUACCAGUCAAACAGCUAACCCUAAGUCAGACUUGCUCGAGAAACAAAAGAAAAAUAAGAAAUAGAGUUAUACGUACAUUGUUCUGGUAAGCUUGUAAUGAGAUAUAGACAAUCAAGAAUGUUUUUAUGGCUUACUUCAAGCACCAUGGCCAUUUCAGUGAUUUGAAGUGGUAACAGUGGUCAAAGCCUGUAUGUGCAGUGUUUCAAGUGCAUAUUUAUUUAAUGUUGCUGUUGUGGUGGGUCUCCACCUUCAACAGCAUCAUUGUUAAUCUUAAUUCUGGACAAAAAAGAUGACCUUGGUUGGCACGCUGGCAAUGGAUCCUAAUGGCGGCACGGUCCUCAAGUCUUCUCAGGUCAGCCUUUCGGGACUGCCCUCCCCCUGCAGUGGUUGGCAGAGACAUCAGCGAAUGUGGAUCAGGCUGCUUGAAGAAUUGUUUGAUUUUGCUGAUAUUUUGUUUUUAAUGGGAGAGGGACAUUCCAGGAAGCUUAUGCCAUCAAAAUCAAUGUCUUAUUAAAACACUGUUUUUGGUUGGAGUAACCCUUUAAUUCAUUUAUUUAUGUGUCAACACUACACAUGCAAUACAAUUCAAAGGCAUCUUAAAUAAUAAAAACCUCAACAACAAAAUAAUCGUAGCUUAAAUGUUAAAAUAUAACCCACUUAUGUUAAUAAGAUAAAAAUAAAUAGAGAUCCAAUGGAAAUCAUGUCAAGUGCAUUAUGAAGAAAUAUGGGGAGAAUAUGUGAUUGAGUAUAUGGGGGAUCGGCAAGUAAACCAUAAAAUUCAAGGUAUGUUAUUUAUAAUAUUAAAAUUGUUUUCAGAAUGUUAUGUUUAUUAAUAUUUUAUAUUAUUUUUAAAGUUCCACCAUGUUUCACAGAGCCGUACAACGUUCUAUACCUUCUCGUAAAGAUUCUAGGAAAAGCCAUGCUUAGGUAUUUGAUAGUCUGACUUGUGGUCUAAAGAUCUCUGGUUUCUUCAUUAGCCAUCUGGAUGGUAAAUUGGUUCUUCACAAAAAUAGGACAAAACUUAAAAGGAUCGAAACCUAAUUAACACUGUCACUGCCAAACAAAGGGGGGCAGGGGGUGAGGCAACAACCAUUUUCGGAAUAACUAGAAAAGAGACUUCCCACCCUCCUCUUUAUUUCACAUUAAAAAAAAAUAUACCUCCGACACAAUAUAAAAUAUCUAUUCGUAUAUAAGUUUUAUUUUUAAAUAGCCCCAGGAAAUCCAUACACAAACCAUGACAUGCUAUGGGGAAUGAAAAGCUCGAACACAAGAAAGGUAUUAUUUGGGGGAUGCCAUUGUUCAGGUAGCGGUGAUAUUUUGUUACAGGAAUCUGUGCUGCUAUUUUUUCUGUCCCUGGUCUUCCAAUUCUUGGCUCAGACACAGUCAGCCCUUUGUGUUCCACAAUCCCAAUGAGGUAACCAAAGUAAAAGCGCCGCACAGCCUGGGACUGUCAGCUGUUACUAAUCACCGCUCUAAAGCUUGCUGUGAAUCCCCUGGCUGCCUGCUCCUCUAUCCUGCUCUGCUUAGCACACAUACAGAAGAUAAAUGACCCUCUGCUUCCCUUUCUAAAAGCAUAUUGUUGCGCAUUCCAGUACAGCAAAUCAAGGAAAUGGGAUAAUGUAAAGAGUUAAAUGGGUACCUAAGCCUCACAACAGCAGGAUCCCACACUGGUAACUACUAGCUUUUGGAAAACAUUUUGGACACAAAAGAAACUUCUCACAGUGACAUUUUGAACAACAAUAGCUAUAUAAUUAGAAAGUCGAUGACAGUACACAGUUAUGAAAUGAUUAAUUGCAAAAUAACAAAGAUGUUAUAGUUUCUCACACUGUGCUAAAAACUAUUUAAUGAAGCCGAGCAUUUUGAUUGAAAAGGAUUGCCGCAGUUCUGCUUCAUUAUAGGUGAACAUUUUUGCAUGCUUGGAUGGAUCUGGUAUUGUUAAUAUAGUCUGGCAGUCGUAGUUUUAAUUAAAUAGUUUGGGUCUGAAUCAAGGGGAAGUAUAAACUGAGGGCCUUGAAAUUUUCAAAUCUCAGCUGGCUUCUGCUGUCAACGUUUAACUUUGCAGAAAAAAAAAAUAUAAAUCUUUUUUUUUCUUUGCAACUUUAGGAUAAGAGAAUCCAAACGUUGCAAACUGACGUUGCAAAUAUUUUUGCACUUCCGUGAUAAAUAGUGAAUAAACAUUUGCACAAAAAAUAUAACCUAUAAGAAAGUAUAGGUUAUAUAUUAUGCCAACAUAAUAAAGUUGUUCUAGUUUGUGAAUAUAUUUAUUACAUUUAUGAAAUAACUCAGUUUCACUAAUAAAUUACUGCUGGUGGCACAUUUGGUAUUUUUUUUCUGCUCCUAUUAUAUGCCUACCUAAAAAUAAAAAGGAGAAAAUACUUAUGUUCAGGAAAAUAAAAUAAUAGAAAUUAACAUAACAAUAUUGUUUAUACACUUAAACCCAUAAGGACACAAAAUUAUUUUGUACUGGGUUGAAAACCUUCUGUAAGACAAGCUACAAAUCUUUUCCCUCAUCUUGCUCGGUGCCCCUAUAACACCUCAUUUUCUUUUCAUUCGGCCACUCAUCCUCUUUAUUUUGCUUCUUUUAUCCAUUCCCACUUAGUGUGAAAGGGGAAUGUUUUUACUUUGAUAAGUAUUUUAUUGUAUGAAGAGGGCAAAGCCAGCUGGUGUGAUCACUGUAGCAUUCCAGAUAGUUCAGAAACCUCAAUAUUUAUUUGAGUAUUACUAUAUUUUAUUAUAUUAUGUGCAACAAAGCCGUAUAGUGAUGGUUAAACAACUGGGACAGAGCAUCUCCAUAACUGGAAGUCUUGUGGGAUAUUUCCGGUAUGUAGUACAUGCCAAAAAUGGUGCAACCGGUAAAACAGUGUCAGUGUCUCAAUGAGCCUUGGGCACACACGCAGGUAGCAAAGGCUAACCCAUCUGUUCUGAUCACUUAGAAGAGCUACUGUAGGUCAAAUUGCUGAAAACUUAAUGCUGAUAAUGCAUGAUAGAAAGGUCAGUACACGCAAUACAUUACAGUUUUCUGCGUUAGGGGAUGUGCAGCCGCAGAUCUGUCAGAGUGCCCAUGAUGACCCUUGUCCACCACUUAAACCACCUUCAAUGGGGACGUGAGUGUCAAUACUGGACAACAGAAGAAGAUUGCCUGGUCUGAUGAAUUAGGUGGAUGUGCAGGAGCAUGUGUGUUGUUUACCUGGGGAAAAUAUAGACAUACUUACUGACAGACAGACACACACACUCACUGACAGACAGACACACACACUCACUGACACACAGUCAGACACACACACACUCACUGACAGACACACACACUCACUCACUGACACACACUGACAGACACACACUCACUGACAGACAGACACACACACUCACUGACACACAGACAGACACACAUACACUCACUGACAGACACACACACUCACUCACUGACACUCACUGACAGACACAUACAUACACACAUUUACACAUUCUUGUUCACAUUCACAUCAUUGUAUUUAUCCCUGGGGUAUCCUGGGGUAUCCAGUGGGGAUCUUCUAUCUCCUUCCUGCUGCUCACUGCUCCUUCGCGCACGCAGUUUAAUGAUGCCGGGUGAUGGAAUAUGAUGUCAUAUUCCGGCACCCGGCAUCACUACAGACGGCUUGCGAGGGAGCAGUGAGGAGCAGGAAGACUGAGCUCCUCCAGCAACCUCUCCUCACGGCCGGGUAAAUUUUAGCAGAGUAGGCACCUGCAAUGUGGAGAAAACAGGUGCCUACUCUGCUUUAACACUACGCAUGUACUCACGGCUUGAAAGGCCACAAAGAUGUCCAUUGUGGGCCGCAUGCGGCCCGCAAGUUUGACAUGCUUGAUUUAGAUACUAUGAUAUAUUAAUCAGUACCAAACUCAUAACAAUCAUCCAUACAAUAUGGAUUGUUGAAUAAAAUAUACAUUUAUGACCCAUUUUUAUGACUUACAUGUCAGGUGCCCGUAGCAAAAAAUCCUUUAGUAAACCUACAUAGGCAGCUGUCUACGCUGCCUAUCGUGCCCUGUCUUUCCCUAAUUCCCUUCUUGCACAUCAGGAAUCAAUUCACUAUAUAUAUAUAUAUAUUUAACUUCUAUUUUCUGUGCAAAGGUAAACGUUGACAGCAGAAACAAGCUGAGAUUUAAUGGCCCUACCCGAAUAUAUUUUAUUUUGAUUCAUACAGUUGUAUUCCUUCAUAAAGCUGACCCUAAAGUCUGUUUGAUGGAUUUAUGGUAAACUGUUAGUGACUUAGGAAUUAGUUCUACCUGGCAUUGACUCAGACUUACCACUAAUCACCUUUGCUUUUUUUGUUAAACAUAUUAUUAUUAUUAUUUUAUUAUUUAUAUAGCGCCAGCAAAAUUCAGUAGCGCUGUACAAUGGGUAUUAUUUUUGCGACUAAUCCCCGUGAAACAUUUUUAUUUUUAAGUUGAAUGCCUGCUCAACCUAACUUUUCUGCUGCUAUAAUUUUUCUGUGUGCUAUUUGUGAAAUAGCAGCAGUAAGCAUGUUAGGUUGAGCAGCAAUCGACAAGCCAAAAUUAGAGUCGGAACCCAACAUGGCUGCUUAGCCAGAUAAAAAAAGCUAUCUUUUCUCAGAACAUACAACAUUUGGAAAAAAAAUAAAUCCUAAAGCUUCAUUAAAUAUAAUAAACUUAAAUUAAAAAAACGAGACGUGAAAAUGUUACGACAGUUGUCCUUUAAGCAGAUCUGGAAUUCUAAAUAUAUUAUGAUAAAAAAAUAAUCUGAUUGCAACACCGCCAUCUUGUCUGUUUCCUGCUGUUUUUAUUUUCUUACAGACUGUACGAUCGAAUGUUUAUUUUAUCUACAAAACAUACAUCUGGUCAGAUCGUUUGGGAGAGGAAGGAGUAGUUAGCUCUUUAUUGGGUGCAGCGUUGUAAAUGAAAUGAUAGUAGGAAGGGUCAAAAUGAAAUGGGAAUCUGGCAUGAGCACUUGAUUAAAGACUCUGGGAGCAGUAAAGUUAGUUCCGUGUCUUUCACGUGUCAUAGGCCCUUUCAGUUUAUGUUUUCCUCUUUCACAAGGAGCUAGCAAUAGCCUCAUUGUUGAAAGUAAAUGUAUACUCUGCUUUAAUCUUAGCAAAGAGCUCUCUCUCCCACAUGUGCAAUAAUGUAUUCAGCCCCAUGCUCCACGUCCCCCCUUUCUUGUCCCUUUAAAAGCCCUGGGAAACUCUUAGUACCAAUAGACACUGUGUAUAAAGAUGCCUCUCUUGUUGCCGCGGUAACUCUAAAUGUAGCCUUGGCGAUUUAUUCUUCUACACUCACACAUACUCAAGUGAAUAGAAUGACGUAAGAGCAAAGCACAUGCACUGAAUAAAGCAUCCUUCAAUCCUUCUUCUUUCAACCCUUAUUCUUUCCUUUUGCUUUUGGUCAUUCUCCUUAAGCGAGUGUGAAAUGGUCGUACUGAGCUGAUAUAAAGACAUAACAAGCCUUUCUGUGGGUUCCUUCAGAAAACAAAAUCCCUCAGCUCCAGUGCCUCAUCAGUGGUACAAAAAAGCUGGUUAGGUUACAUUAGACCUAAUGUUUUCACUUAGCAAAUUGCUGAAAAUUCCACUUUCUUUGUGGACUUGAAGUCUAGAAAAGAAACUUUAAGUAGUCUCUAAAACGUUUCUAAAACGUUUCUACAUGUUUGGAUUAAAAAAUUGUUUAGUGCCUAUAAAAAUAAAUAUAUAUAUUUUUAUUUAUUAUUAUUAUUUAUUAUAAUGUUUUAUUUUUUAUUUAUUAUUAUUAUUUAUUAUAAUGUUUUAUUUUUUAUUUAUUAUUAUAAUUUUUUGUCCUUUGCCUGUAUCUUCUACUUAAUUUGUGCAAUUUCCCAGUAUAUAUAGGACGUCUGUUUCCUUAUUGGCUGCUCAGUUUGUGUCCUUAUACUUUUUCAAAAAUAAAUUUAUAAAAUAUGCAUAACCAGGAAGAAUACAUUUUACUUUCCAUCGUUUUUUUCAGUACAGGUAUCAUAAUUUCCAAACAUAAUGGUAUUAAUUCUACUGACAUUGGAAACAUCAGGGAUUACCUUGCCAGGAACAGAACCCCAGGUUUGAACAGAUUCUAUGGACAGUGCAGCUAUAAUGAGAAACAUGUUUGUGAACAUGGUAUUCAAUUACAUUGCUUUUAUUUUGAUUUGCUGAACUUAAAACACAGAACAUUGAACAUUGGAAAUGAACAUAUUGAUCAAGAUUCAUUAUCACAUCUCUGCUGAAAACACAACCUCUAGGGGAACAAUAUUUGAUAUUGUUACUUCCCUUCGUCUAAGCAACCCUUCCACUUGCUGAAUUAGAAUUUACAUUCUUCAACUUCCAAUGGAUAAUGUUAUGUUCUCUGCUGAGCCCUUAUCAUCAUCAGCUGUCCAGAAAACCACACAUCCUCAAUUAUUUACCCCCUUAAGGACACAACUUCUGGAAUAAAAUGGAAUCAUGACGGAAUAUUUCCAUCAUGUGUCCUUAAGGGGUUAAAGAUCUUUGUAUUCUAGACAGGUAUGACAUUAUAAUGAAAAUUACAAGAUAAUACAUAUCUGUGUAGGCUGGGUUAAACAUUGAUUAGGUUAUCAGGUUUUCAUAUUAACAUAUUAUUAAUAACUAUGAGCCUCUCCUAUAUACUGUCUUCUUUUUAAACUCAUCUCUCUUCUUUCUGAAACAUAUGAUGGGGUCCACAUAUUGAGCUGGGUAGGAGGGACAGAUUACAUCCAGUGAAAUAGGAUUUUAAUAUCUAAGAGUCUCAAGAGGAUACGGAAGGAAGGAAGGAAUGAAUGGUAGCCUCCUAGCAAAAAGAGGCUUGAUAUUGUUAUGUUUGUAUAAUGAAGUGUUGGUCCAGACCAGUAAAGAUAAAAUAAUGUUUAACCGGUGAAGAACUGCAACUUUCCUACUUUUUGCUGCUGAUGCGUGAUGAAGUGAUUCAUUGUUUCCAAAAGGGCCAACACAAAGAGGGCCCACUGAAGAGUCAUAAGAAGUUUAGAAACAAAGUUUUGGGUAGCAAACUCAUGGACUUAUUUUCCACGCGUUAUGAAUAGAUUAAUUUUCUCUAAUCUCUGGGGUCCUAAGAGAUGUGUGCAUAGGACCAUAUUUACUGAAACUUUCUGAGAGUGAUUAAUAUAAAUGAGUUCAAUGCUUUCCUAAAAGAAGCAUUUGAUUGGACGUGCACCUCGUCCCUGAUCUAAUCAAAAGAUGCACUAGGACACUAUAGUGUUAGGAAUAGAGUUUUUCUAUAACAAUCCUUUCUUUCCUUCAAGAAUUUGUUGUUAUGGCAUCACGUAGCUCCUCCUCAGUGUAAAUAUUGCUAAAGGUUAUACAGUACGCUUGUAAUAACCCACCUUUUAUCCCCCAUACUGGGGGACCUCACUUUUGUUUUAUUUUCAUUAAGGUCUCUGGGUGAUAUUUCCUAAUCAUAAGAAUUGUGAUUGCAAAUAAGGGAAAUUCUUACCCAAGGCCACCAGCCCACUUAAACUGGAAUUUAAGUCUAGCAGAUUGAAACUCUGUAAUAAAACUGUGAUGUGGGCUGGUGUUACUCAGUUACGUUAUUUAUAUGGUUGUUUUGUGGCAAAAGAAAUAUAGUUCUGUAAGCAGUGAAGUGUAGCUCCCUAAUCCAAUCCACCAUGUAUUUAUGUACUGCCCCUAAAUUGUAUAUGGUAUAGGUUCCCUUGUCCAUUUUUUUUUCAUAUUAAUAUUUACAGUACCAUGUUAACAUUUUGUAAGGUAGUUUGACAUAUAGAGUAUUGCAACCUGGGGUAGUUUAUUUAAUCCACAAAAUGCAUAACUCUCCAUUUAUCUACGUUGAAAAAAUUUGAUUAUAAAUGUUUGUACACAUUGUAGCCCAAUAGGUUAAUGUUCACACUGAAUAUGUAUAAACUAAAAUUAUUCAGCUUAAUAUUCUUAUUGUAUAUGUAUACAUUCUAGCCAAUGCAGAUUUAUGUUCAUAUUAUAUUUGCAUAUAUUGUAACUUUUUCAGCUUAAUGUUUUAUAUUGUAGCUAAUUAUAUCAGCGUAUUGUUCAUAUUGUAUGUUUGAGUCCUUUCAGGUUUUUCAUAUUGUAUAUGUGUAAAUUCUAGCUUUAGUGUGUGAAUCUAGUUGUUUGUGUGGUUGUAGUUGUUUAGUUAUGCUCUAGAUUUGUUACCUACUUGUUACAUGUGAAUGUUCAUAUUGUAUACAGUAUAUAAACAUUGUUGAUUUAGUAUAUGUCACUUGAAGACUGGCUUUAGAUCUUUUAUUUCAGUAAACUCUGCAUUUUAUCAAAUAUAUUUCAAUAAUGCAUUUAUAUAAAUUCUAGUUGUAAUUUGUUUCUGAAAUGUAAAAAAAAUGGUUGCAGUUGUGUUAGUUUAGCAUAUGGUGUGAUAUUGGUAUUUUUAUUUUGGAAAUUAUUUAAUUUUGAAAGAAAAUAAAUCACAGUUUAGUAUAAUACAAGUGGUCAUUAUAUUGUGUCAAGUUAAUAAAGGAAGGACCCAGGUAUGCGUUGAACUGUGUUAAAAUGUUUUGCAGAUUUUGUUGAAACUGUGCUUCUUCACUACUAGCGCCAUAAUCACUACAGCAGGUUAUACCAGGCACCAUCUUAACUUCCUUUUACAAGAUUUAGAAAACCAAUACUUUGUUGGCUAAAUAAUCAUAUUUCAGUUACACGCACAUUGUUUCAUAUACAUAGAUCCAUUUAUAUUAGAUCUGCCUUCUAAUUUAGUUACCUAGCAAUAAUGUGUGUUGGGCUUACACGCAGUACUCUAAAAUUGUAUAUUUCCUAUUUAUUGUAUUGGUGAUUACAGGAGGUUCCCGGGUACCCUGGUAUGAGGGCAAACCAUCUCAAAACAUUUUGCCCCAUUAAAGAUGAUCAGUAACUACUAGGGCAGACUGCUUGGAGUAACCCUUUUAUAACUUAUGAUGGACUUUUUCGAUUGUAGGAUUCUCUGAAUCAUUGUUCAUUGUCAAGGAAUUUCUUUUAAGAUAUUAUUCUUAUUUAUGUAUGGGUUGGUUAAAUUUUUGUGAUAUUGGUAACUAGACAUGCAAAUAGUCAUUCUGGGUGGAAUUAAAUUACUUUUAAUCAACUGCGCUGCAGUUUUAACAAUAAGAAGUCUCCGGGGACAAGCUAAAGACAUCAGAACCAUUAUAUUAAGCGGGAUUGUUUCUGGUGACUGCACUUUCCUUUUAAUCCUUUGUUUAACUCCUCUUAAAAACACCUCAUGUGCCCUAAUACUAAAUAAAAACUCUAGCCCUAAACACAGUAAUCCUUACACUACCCCUGUAAUCAAAUGCAAAAUGUAAUUCUACUCUAGUCCUUAACAACCCAUAUACCCAUGGUCGGUGCUACACUAUUCUGCGCACUAGGCAAGACCAGCUACUUGCAUCCCCCAAAACAAAAAAGGGCCUCUUUCUCCCUCCAGCCCCCUCAGUCUCUUUCUCCCUCAACCCGUUUGUGUGUCUCUUUUUUCCCCUUCUCCAGCUCCUCUAUGUGUCUCUCCCUCUCCCCCCCCAGCACCUAUGUGGGUCUUUUUCUUCCCCCAGGCCUCUGUUUCUCUUCCUCCAGCCCCUUUAGCACCUAUUUCUGUGCCCCAGCCUUUUUGUGUGUCUCUUUCUCCCCUCAGCCCUUUUGUUUGUCUCUUACUCCUUCAGCCCCUUUUUGUGUCUCGUUUUCCCCCAGCUUCACUCUGUGUCAUUCCCCCAGCCCCUUUCCAUGUCUCUCCUCCCCAGCCACUUCCUAUGUCUUUCCCCCAACCUCUCUGUGUGGGCCAUUAUUCUCUUCCCCAGCUUCUCUGUGUGUCACUAUCCCUUCACCAGCCCCUCUGAGUGUUUCUGUUUCCCUUUCCCCAGCUCUUCUGUGUGUGUCACUGUUCACUUUCCCAGGUCCUCUGUGUGUGUCACUGUUCCCUUCCCCAGCCCCUCUCUGUCUGUUGUUGUCCCCUUUUCCAGCCCCUCUGUGUGGGUUUUUCUCUCUAUCCCCUUUCCGUACGGCUGAGCAAACUGCGGGUAGGAUCUUCUCAAUCCUCCAACCGGUUUGGCAGGAAGCUGUUCUUUUAGAAGAAUCUUUAAAUAUCUGUGGAUUUAGUACAGACAUGUUUUCAUACAUUAUGACAUGAACAGUUAACCUUGUGAUUUUUUUCUGCAAUUCACAGUGGUGCUAAAUCAGUCAUGUGCUUUGUAUGGAGUUAGUAACUUGACAUUUUAUGUGUGUGUUUCAUACAUAUUUUCCGUGUCGGCUAGAAUUCAACACUUUCACCAAGUCAUUGAUCUUUCAUGACGUGAUCUGCAGUAAGAUUUAUUCAGACAUAUUGCUCAAACACUUUCUGUGUCCCACUCAAUAGUCAUGUAUUGUGUUAGACUAUACAUUUUGUCUACGUGCUGCCUUUUUGAAUAUGUGUGGUGUCAUUUCUCUCUUCUCUAUGAGUUUGCCCUAUUGCUCAUCUACUAGAUUUGUAAUACAUUGGCUCACGUAGCCCUAGACUGGUCUAGAUGCUACUAGAUGUAGUUCCCUCAUUACCAACUGCUUUGAUUCAUGCUGUCCGGCCUAGAUGUUUUAUUUACAUUAUUUAAUCAAUUUAGCUCUAAGAUUCUUGUAGCCAAGAUCUUUGAAUUUACUAACAACAUAUAUUUCUGAUUUGAAACCCACACCUUCUAGUGCCCAACUUACCAAAAUUUAAUUUUAGAGAACCGAUAUAUAUUUUUCAUUAAUGUUUUCCACCGUUUCUCGGUUUUUAUUUUAAUUUUUAAACUUUACUGCCUUCUUUUAAUGACCAUUGCUGUUGUUGCAUCUGAUGUAUACUUUAAAUGGCAUGCUCAUUAUUCUUUGUUUCUAUAUUAUAUAUUAGUUAUUCAAAGCACUGUAUGAUUGAUUUUCCUUCUUAAAUAUAGUAUAUCUUAAAACAAACACAUUGUAUUUACUAACAGACACAUGAAUAUAACAAAUAAACAUCCAUAACUCAUUAAACAUAAAAACAUUAUGAGACAUGAAUAUUAACAAAAUAUUUUUCAACAAGCAAAGUCCUUAAAGGAACACUUUUGUUAGGAAUACAAAGAUGCAUUCCUAUAUUCCUGUAACCCCCAGGCAUAAAAGGGUUAAACCGCCAUUUAGUAGAUCUUCCCUUCCAGAGACACAGGCACAGCUACUGCAGAACACCAGUCCGCAGAACUGGAAACCAUAUGAAUGCCGUAAACAGCCGAAUAGGAAAAACCAUAUGAAUAGGUUUACACUCCUAGCAGUCAAACUGGAACAGCAUACAAUAAAUCCCCCCAAGAACGAGACAAAGCUCCGUGUUGAGGGUCAAGCAGUGAACAGACAGAGCUGUGGGUUUAUUAUUCUUAUAUACACAUUAGUACCACCCACAGGGUUUUGGAACACAACCAAUAAACACAUACAAUACACUCAGACGCUCCCACACAAAAUCCUCCCGUCUGCCUGUGAUACAAUUACCUUACACAAUGGGUAAUGUAAUUAGCACAAGCAGAGAAAUACAAUUUUUCCACAUUAUUCAUAACUUGAAAAGUAUGCAUCACAUUCACAGUGGUUCAAAAGAUAGAUCAUUGUCCUUUGUGACCAAAUGAAGCAUGGAUUUUCUGCCCAAAACCAGUUCCACAGAGUCUUCUAUCCUGGAGAUAAUUGGGAAGUAAUCCAAUUAUCUCCAAAGACAGAGGCAAAACUCCAUUGAACACAUGGCAGCAAAAGACAAUAAAACACAUAAAAACAUAUAACUGUGCAGCUAUUGCACAAAACAAGUACAUUCAACAUAUCCCCAGAUAGCUCAGAUCUGAGCGCACAUUAUUACUGAAUGGCGUUCAGAUCACACACCUACAGUUCAAUUGCCAUGGAGCCAAAGUCUUUCCCAUAGUCUUUCAUUAUACGAAUGGGCUCCAUGGCAUAGCUAUCUGGGGUAUCACUGCUCAAACAGGGCAAGCAGCGAAUGACCCGGCUUUCAUGUCUUUGCAGGGGAAAAUCAAGCGUUUCAACAUGGGGCGAUAGUCUAAAGGCAGCAGGCGGGCAACCAGGCUCCUCCAAUGCACAGUGGCAAGAUUGGUCUCGUCACAAUUCCUAACACCAAAGUGCUUCUCUGACCGCAUUGCAGCCCCCCCCUCCAACCCCCUAUCUCCCCAGACUCCCACUGUCCAUGACAGGGUUAAAACCCUUUAAUUUACCCAUACCAGAUUCCAGCUCCAAUGUCCCUCAGUGCUGGGUCAUGCUCCUCCUCCUCUAACUUCAGCCUAUGGGGCAGCCUAAUGAGCAUGUGCGGCGAGCACUGUGUGUGCAUCAGGCCUUCCUUGUUGAAAGCAUUAAGUCAAUGCUUUGCUACGGGGAUUUAGAAGACAUUGGACUUUCUCAUGCAGAACAUGAGGACGUCUAGCGUCGUUUCAAUGAGUAAAACUACAGGAAGAGCCUCUAGUCACUGUCUGGUUCUCUAAAACAUUUGUAAAACAAUGUAAAAUAUUGCAGGGUUAAGGAAACAGGUACGCUGCACUCAGACCACUUCAAUGAGAUGAAGUGUUGUGGAUGCCUAUAGUAUCCCUUUAUUUACAAAAGUAUCCAUAGAAAGCAGAUACUAUUACAGAAGUAGAACAGUAGGCAGAUGCAUUUAUAUAAACUAGACGUGGGUGUUGCCUCAAUAUUAGUUUUAUCUGAAUACAUUCAGACAAGAUAAAUGUAUUAGUUUGGUCAUUCGUUAUCAGACGAAAUUCGGCCAUUAUUUUCAUUUUGGAAUUUCAUUGAAGGCAGGCUGGAGGAGGCAGUGUUCUGAUGGAAAACCUUGGGUCCUGGCAUUCAUGUGGAUAUUACUUUGACACAUACCACCUACCUAAAGAUUGUUGCAGACCACAUUCACCUUUUGGUGUUCCCUUUUGGCAGUGGUUUAUCUCAGCAGGAUAAUACAGCCUGCCACUCUGCAAAAAUUGUUCAGAAAUGGUUAAAGGACCAGGACAAAGAGUUCAACUGAGCAUCUGUGGGAUGUGCUGGAAGAGCAAAUCCAAUCCAUCGAGACUCCCACCUCGCAACUUGCAGGACCUGAAGGUUCUGGGACCAUGGUCUUGGUACCAAAAACCACAGGGUAUGUUCAUGACAGGAGUCCACGUCUCAAUGCAUCAGAGCUGUUGUUUCAGCAAGAGGGCAGGUGGUUUUAAUCGUGUUGCUGAUCACUAUAUAUAUUCUUAGCCAACAUGUUUUUGUUGGUUGCUGCAUGGGAUCUACAACAUUUAGGUGUUUGAUAUCAGACCAGUUUCUGUUCUACAGGUUCUAUUGUUCAAAUAUACCAUAACCCACUUGGUGUUAGCAAAAUAUGAUAGUGAUAAUAUUCAACUCUUUACAAGUGGAUCUGACAUCUAACUACUUGUUGGGCUGACAUGUUAUUUCUCCCUUUUUCUAGGCAUGGCAGCUCUUGACAGUAAGGCUUCAGGGAAGAUGGGCAUGCGUGCUGUUGUGUACUACAUGACGACAACAGUGAUAGCUGUGUUCAUUGGAAUUAUCAUCGUAAUUAUUAUCCAUCCAGGAAAGGGCAGCAAGGAUAAAAUGCACAGAGAAGGGAAGAUUGAAACGGUUACUGCUGCUGACGCGUUUCUUGAUUUGAUUAGGUAUGAACUGAUCUCAGUUAACCAAUGGUCAUACAGCCAAUCUGUCUAGACAUUUCACUGUGAAUUACAUACACAUCACCAGAAUAUAGGUCUCUAUCUCAAAGUGGAAUAUAAUCUAUAUUCAAUACUAUAAAUGCCACAUUAAGAAAUCUAUAGUUUCAAAAACUAUGUAAACAAAGUCAUCGAUUUUUAAUAUAUUAUAGCUAUAGAUUUGUGGAUAUUUUGAGCACAUAUUUAAACCACCUAUUGUUGUAUUUAUUUUUUGUAUCAGUUACCAUGAUACAUGUUUAGCAGCUAAUCAGAAAAAAAGAAAACAAGUAUAUUAUGGUGCACAUUACAUUCUCUGCACAAGAGUUAUAUUGUGGAAGUGCAAAUAUGUUAUUAGAUUAUAUCAAAAUUUAUUAGCCAUCUUAAAAAAAAAUCAGCCCAUUAUAUCAACAUUAUUUUCUGGGUUUUUUUUUAAAUAUUUUAUGUAGAUACAAAAACCAUAUAAUAUGUUCUAUAUUCUUCAAUGUAGUAUGUUUUGAUUAGUGAUAUGUAAGAACAAAGUGUAUUUACUCUGUAAGGGUACUUUAUAGGAUAAUGUAGAUUUUAUCAUUCUUGUAUCUUCUUUUGAAUAGGAACAUGUUCCCUCCAAACAUGGUGGAAGCUUGCUUUAAACAGGUAUGCAUGUUGCAUUUUGUUAAUUUGUUCAGUUGUCUAGCAUGAUCCACAAAAUGUACAUACGCUAGCAAUGCAAUAAGAAAACAAGAUCAUUUCAAAUAUACACUUAAAGGGUUGCUCCAAACUAGUAAGAAAUAUUACACAUGCUGACAUUUUUUUAAUUGCUCCACCUCCGGCACCAUCAUUAGCCAGCCCGGAAAAGGACUUUCAGGCUGAGUAAUGUCAAUCCUGCGCAUAUUCCUUGCACUGAGAAUCAUUUAUUGAAUGUGAGCACUCAACUGGCGCUCUCAGCUAAUGAAUGACUGGUGGGAUCGGCAUCCAGCUUUUGCAAUUCUGCAUGUGAUGUUCGUUUACUUGCUCCCAGCAAACAAAGUGAGCCGCUCAGGAGGGAGGAAUAGCCCAGUAAAUGUCCACUGAGUGCAGCCGUUGCCCGAUCCCACAGGAUGGGGAGGGUGGCUAAAACAAGCUAAAUGUCAAAAUCUGAAUUUGUGUGUGCUUCUGUCAGUGUUUUUGUGUCUGUCAAUGUGUUUGUCUGCUUGUGUGUAUAUGUUUGUUUGCCAGUGUGUGUGUAUAUGUCUGUGUGUUUGGCAGUGGAUGUGUGUGUCUGUAUGUUUACCUGUGCAUGCAUAGUGUGUAUGUUUGUCAGUGUAUGUGCCUGUCCGACAGUGAAUGUUAAGUAGUGUGUGUGUGUGUGUGUGUAUGUCUCUCUGGCAUUUUAUAUGUGAGUGUAUAUAUAUCUUUGAUUGUAUAUGUCUGGAAUGUAUAUGUGUGUGUGUGUGAGUUUGUAUAUAUGUGUCGGGGAGCUUGUUCUCAAACACUGGGUUUGAAAGGUUUUCCAAGUGUUAUGAUGUUAGAUUGUCAGUUUGACCGCAGUGCUAAAAGGACAUGAUUUCAGGUCACUUCCUCCCAGCUAGUCAAAAUGCCAUGUGGAGACAGUGAAGAGAAAGGAGAAGGCAGAAAGUGGAGGGGUUCGUGGGUUAAGAAAGCCUGGACAGCCAGCCUCAGACUCCCAAAGAAACCAGAAGGUGUGGAAACAGGAGGGUGGCUAAAAAUAUAUAAAUUAUGACUUGCAUGAAUGUGUGUGUGCCAGCGUGUGUAUCUAUGUGUGUGUUUCAGUGUGUAUGCGUCACACUCUUUCCCAAAUGUUACUAUUAACGGCAAGAUUUUAGGGAACACAAUAGCAUAGAAUCUUUUACCUUUGUUUCAGUGACUGGAGGGUCUCUUGAAAUGUUUUCCCCAGUAAAGUUGUUUAAAUGCACCGCUUGAAACUGGGAAGCAAUGCACAGAGAGGAUGUAGGUAAGAGAUUAAUAAUUUGAAACGUAUUAGCAGAGACAGACAGAUAAGUUCAUAAUACAGAACUGGUCCAUGUCAGGGAACGCUGAAGCGUAGAGAUUUGGCAACAUAAUAUCAAGAUGGUUUAGUUUCAAGGUGUUGGGAGGUUAGCUACAAAAUAAUUGAACAGUUUGUUUUUCAAUUAGUGUAACCUUCUGCUUUAUUGGAAACCAGGCACAAUCUAAGCAGAGCAAUGGAAUGGGAAACUCCCACAUUUGUAGAUUAUAACACCAUGUGUAUCUGCGUGUCAGUGUAUAUGCGUGUCAGUAUAUAUGUGUGUCAGUAUGUGUGUGUGGCAGUAUAUUUGUAUAUUUGCAUAACAGAAUUAAAAUUCCAAAAAUACACAAGUACAUUCAAAUGCCAACCCUGCAAACAAUCACAUCACUACAUUCAAAUGCAAACACUACACACAAACAUGCCACUGCUUGCAAAUGGCAACAGUGCAUAUAAACACACUGCUUUGAAAUGCCCAAACUAUGCACAUAUGCUAACAUACCAACACUGCACAGUGCUCCCAAAUACAACUGCACAAGGAAGGCAAAUGGUAGAUCCCCAGCUGACAAAGCAUUGUGGGAGAUGUAUGAAAAAUGGUGAGCUACCUUUGGACACCCUUGCACUACACGGGGGGCUCAAAAAAUUAUUGUGUCGUGGCCCUCUCUACAUUAUUUCUGACACUGACUAUGCUAAGGUAUUUUAGUGCAAUUACACUUUUUAAAUGAUAAAAAGGAAAUUAUGUCAUACACAACUUAAUUAUUUUUUUACACUAUUCGGGUAACUCGGGUUCCUGUCAAAAAGAACCACUGUGUUAUUGCCUUUUUUUCUUCAAAUCUUUAAUUAUUAAAUAGCAUUUAAAUAUCUUGUGUAUUGUUCAUCAUCUAAUCACGGUAUGUUAUUUCCUAUACAGUUCAAAACAAAUUAUGAAAAGAAGCUUUUUAAAGUUCCAGUUCCUCAGAAUGAAUCAUUGGUGUCAGCUGUUGUAAACAACGUAUCGGAAGCAAUGAGUACGCUCUACAAGAUCAGGGAGGAAUUAGUACCUGUUCCCGGAGCAGUGAAUGGCGUCAAUGCCCUUGGGCUAGUAGUCUUUUCUAUGUGCUUCGGUUUUGUUAUUGGCAACAUGAAAGAGCAAGGAAAGGCUUUGAAAGACUUCUUUGACAGCCUCAACGAGGCAAUUAUGAGAUUGGUUGCUGUUAUCAUGUGGUAUGUUAAAAUCUGUAUUCAAAUUCAUAGUAUGUGUAAAUCUUUUUAAUAUUCUGCAAAAGAAGUUAUGAAAGAGAUUAUAGACUAACACUUAAAAAAAACUAUUAUCGGAUCCCCUCCCAAUGUGGCAUAAGGUGGUAAAAUUUCAAAGAGCUGUUCAUAAAUGAAGGCCUUUAAAAACUCAAAGCAUUUUGAUGGCUUCAUUUAAAAUGGAAAUCACAUUGUUGAAUACUAUUAAGUUUAAAUUUAACUAGUUUCCAUUUUAAUUGCAUGAGACUGAAAAACAGGGGAACACAUAUUGGUCUUCAAAACAACCCACAGUUAUUAUGUUAUUUUUUUUUGUUAUGUUUAAUUUUUAUAAUAUAAAACACAUACAAGUAAGAGUAAAGCACAUUGUCUCCCCAUUCUAUGAUUUGGUAUAUGGCAAAAAUUUCCUAAACUGUACCUGUCUCGUGUUCUGUGUAUCACAGACACUAUUGUUGUUUUAUAUUUCUGACAUGUGUAUUAAUUGCUCAAAUAACAAAAGAGCUUAAAAAUAGCUCAUAGUUCCAUUUGACCCAUUUUAUGUCCUGAAUGAGGAUUCCCUUCUCAUCUCUCUCUCCCUGUGCAUUUAGUAAGUGGUUAUUGAUAUGGUAGAGGACCCUAAAACCUUCCUUGUGGAUACUGAAAGCUACAUUUACGCAAUUAACAGUGGUAGAAAACAGCAUAGUAUAGAAUCAUGGAACCCUGGACACCAUAUACACUCAAUUAAAUUGCACCCUAUAUUUCUACUCUUACUUAAACCAUCUUAAAGUAUUUAACAGUCAAAAAAUCACAGAGUAAUAUUUGUUGUCUAACUCCAUCUGACUCCAUAUAUAUUGUCUCACUCCAUAUAUAGUCUCUCACUCCAUGUAUAGUGUCUCACUCCAUGUAUAGUGGGAGAAGCCAGGUUAUGUAUUCUUCAUCCCCAUUCUUCGGAUAUUAAAUAGAUACUUGUUUAUUGUGUGUGGAAAUCUCUUAAAUACCCAGAGAGAAAACACUGAACUUUUCUAUGUCCACAAAAAUACAUAAGAAAUGUACUUUAUUUGUUCCUUUUACACAUUUUCACCAUCUCGCUUGGUUAAUCAGUGAGAGAGUUUCAAGUACACAGAUGCAGUAUCCACACAUAUCAUUUGAAAUGCCAGUUGUGCUUGACACUUGGUAUGUCCAAACCAGAGCAUAAAUCCUGUGCCAGAGAAGUGCCCCUACCUUAACCACAUACAUAUAUAUGUAUAUCUUUUAUUUUGGAAAGUAAUAUAGUAAUGUUAUUACUUCUAACAGCCACUGACUGCUAUGUAUACCACUAUGAGGCUUUUUCAUUGCAUAUACUCUCAGCUGUUAAGUCUCACUAAUAUCUCUAAUUCUAAAUGGUUAAUCUAACAAUUUUUCACUGUUGGGAUUUUUUUUCAGUUAUAUUGGUCAUUAUAUACUAGGCCCCCCUUUAACACCUGCAAAAAAAAAAGCUUUUGACUUACCUGUAAUCCAGCACAAGGCAAAAUUAUUGGGGCUGCUCUGCACAACUCGGCCUGAUGUCAACACUGCCCUUAUUAAAUAUUUUAAAUGUGUACAGUGGAGCAGUUCAUCCAGUUUAGGACAUUCUGAAAGAGUAAGUUAUUCGUGAUAUAUAUGACAUCAUGUUGUCAGCUCUGGUGUCAUGAAUGAAGAGUGGAGUCACCACUCAGAGAAGACACAUUUUAAUGUUAUUGUUGCAAUCUGUCCAAGACUCUGCAUACUAAACACAAGCAGCAAAGGAGAGAAGCAUCUCGGUCAACACCUACUCGAGCUAUAGGAUAGGUCAGCAGAACGCCUUCUUUAACAAGUGUAACGUGCCUGCCAGCGCAAGUACACCAUCAACAAAUAAACUACUUAGUACACUUACUAGUUAAUCCAUAUAUGACAUUAUAAUAUAUCAGCAAGACGUUUUCUUAUUGUUUUGUCACUUUUUGUAUUUACGAUCAUUAAUUUAACUUUUUCCUGGAUCGUAGGUAUGCGCCAAUUGGAAUUCUCUUCCUAAUUGCUGGGAAGAUUGCAGAAAUGGAAGAUAUGGGUGUAGUCGGUGGUCAGCUUGGCAUGUAUACUAUUACGGUUAUUGUUGGAUUGCUUAUACAUGCUAUUAUUGUUCUACCACUGCUUUAUUUCUUGGUAACCCGCAAAAACCCUUGGGUGUUUAUUGGUGGAUUGCUGCAAGCCUUAAUCACCGCUCUGGGAACAUCUUCAAGGUAAGAGUGCGGAGCUGUUGAUAUCCAUACCUAAAUGUCAGAUUUGCUUGAGAUUAAAUAUGGGAUAUGCACAAAAUUAAAUUCUUAUAUUCCAAGGAUCUUGCAAAUUGCCUAUUGAUUGUGUACUUUCCAAAUUCAAAUCUUGUUCUAGAGCCAAUAUUACUAAAAAAAAAAACUACUUUCCAAGUUAUUCACUAAAGUGAAAAUUGCCAGAAAUUCAAUGUGUAAAUUUCAAAUUUAAAGCCAAAAUAGCCAAGUUUAGCGCCAAAACAGAAUUGACUUUUUCUUUUUAAUUCAGGUUUUAGCCUAAAUUUUGAAAUUCACUUUGACUUCUCAGCAAUUUUCACUCUUUUUAGCUUUUUAAUUUUUUUAAUUUUCCUUUUAUCACUAGUAACAACCUUUACCCAUGAUGUGAGGCCCAGUAUUUCAUGGGAUAUCGCAGCAGCUUCUCGGCCCCUUCAGAAGUUGCAGACUUGCAACAUAUACGUAAAAGUCAUAUCAGUUAUAGAUUAUACUUAUUUAACCUUUGUCUUAUUUCAAAUGGUGGACAAUUCCAACCUGUAGUGUCUAUUUAAAACACCCACAAAUCAAACCUCUCAUGAUACACAAUAGCAAAUUGAAGUGAGCUGCAGCACAGUGGGAAGACCAUACAGCGGUUUCACAGGACAGGUACCACUCAGAACAGGUCUCGUCAUGGUCGACCAAAGAAGUUAAGUACACGUGCUCGGAGUCAUAUCCUGAGGUUGUCUUUGGCAAAUAGACGUAUGAGUGCUGCCAUCGUUGCUGCAGAGGUUGAAGGGGUGGGGGUCAGCCUGUCAGUGCUCAGACCAUACGCCGCACACUGCAUGGUUGUCGUCCCAGAAGGAAGCCUCUUCUAAAGAUGAUGCACAAGAAAGCCUGAAAACAGUUUGCUGCAGACAAGCAGACUAAGGACAUGGAUUACUGGAACCAUGUCCUGUGGUUCGAUGAGACCAAGAUAAACUUAUUUGGUUCAGAUGGUGUCAAGCGUGUGUGACAGCAACCAGGUGAGGAGUACAAAGACAAGUAUGUCUUACCUACAGUCAAGCAUGGUGAUGGGAGGGUCCUGGUCUGGGCCUGCAUGAGUGCUGCAUGUACUGUGACAUACUGAAGCAGAGCAUGGUCCCCUCCCUUCGGAGACUGGGCCGCAGGGCAGUAUUCCAACAUGAUAACGACCCCAAACACACCUCCAAGAUGACCACUGCCUUGCUAAAUAAGCUGAAGGUAAAGGUGAUGUACUGGCCAAGCAUACCUCCAGACCUAAACCCUAUUGAGCAUCUGUGGGGCAUGCUCAAACGGAAGGUGGGGAAGCGCAAAAUCUCUAACAUCCACCAGCUCUGUGAUGUCGUCAUGGAGAAGUGGAAGAGGACUCCAGUGGCAACCUGUCCAUGAGGGUUAAGGCAGUGCUGGAAAAUAAUGGUGGCCACACAAAAUAUUGACACUUUGGGCCCAAUUUAGACACUUCCACUUAGGGGUUUACUUACUUUUGUUGCCAACAGUUUAGACAUUAAUGGCUGUGUGUUGAGUUAUUUUGAGGGGACAGCAAAUUUACACUGUAGGUUGUACACUUACUACUAUACAUUGUAGCAGAGUGUCAUUUCUUCAGUGUUGUUACAUGACAAGAUAAAAGAAAAUAUUUACAAAAAUGUGAGAGGUGUUCUCACUUUUGUGAGAUACUGUACAUACCUAAUAUGAAUAGGAACAUACUAUAUGUAAUAGUCUACAUUUUUCAAUACUUUGUGUGAUAUAUAUCAAAUUUAACAAUUUAAAUUCCAAUACACAUAUAUAUAUAUAUACCAUUCUUUGUUUUAGCUCAGCUACUUUGCCAAUUACAUUUAAGUGUUUGGAAGAGAACAAUGGCGUUGACAAGCGUAUAACAAGAUUCGUUUUACCAGUGGGAGCUACAAUUAAUAUGGAUGGUACCGCGCUCUACGAAGCUCUGGCAGCUAUUUUCAUUGCUCAAGUCAACAAUUAUGACCUUAAUUUUGGGCAGAUUAUUACAAUCAGGUAUGGAAAUAUUGGCAUUAUAUAACUUAUACGGUUUAAAAAAUAAGGCAGAAAUUACAAUCUUAAGACAUGGAGUGUAAAUCCAAACAUGUAAUAUUUCUACCUGUGUCUGUGUGAAACUGCCUGUAACUGUGUGUCUGUGACAGUCUGCCUGUAACUGCGUGUCUGUGACAGUCUGCCUGUUAAAAGUGUGUGUGUGUGUGUUUGACUGACUGUUGGACUGUGCUUUAUUGAUUAAAUGAGUGAAAUAUUAUGUUAGGAAACAAAUUUUCAAUCUCUACACAGGUAAGUAUAAUUUUAUAAAUUUGCCUGUAUUUACUAAGAAGGGGAAAAUUAAUUGUUUCAGAAUAUUUUGUAAAAUAUCAUUUACUAAAAAAUGCAAACAGUUUUGUUUGCAUACCUUUCAUAUUUAUCCAUGUACCUCAGCACUAAAAGUUCUAUUUUGUAAAUAACAUACCCAAUCUUUACAACCUAGGAAUAUUGAUAUAAGUGAAUAAAUAGGGAGAUAUUAAAGGACCACUCUAGGCACCCAGACCACUUCAGCUUAAUGAAGUGGUCUGGGUGCCUGGUCCUUCUAGGGUUAACCCAUUUUUUAAUAAACAUAGCAGUUUCAGAGAAACUGCUAUGUUUAUCAAUGGGUUAAGCCUUCCCCCUAAUCCUCUAGUGGCUGUCUCAUGAGGUACCAGCAAUCAACACCUGGAAAACCCUCAUUUACAUCUUAAAGGACUUCUAUAGCCACCCAAGCCCAGACCACUGCACCCAGACUACAUCUCAAUGACGUGGUCUGGGUGCAGUGGUCCUACAAUGUAAAACAUUGCAGUUUUUUAGAAAUGGCAAUAUUGACUUUGUAGGGUUACAUAUCUCCAGGGGCUAUCUUACAGUCAGUUUAAGAGGUGAUUCUUGUUGCAGCAACCAAGUAAAACCCAGUCCCGUGACUGCAGAUCCCAUAAAAAAGCAUUGAAUCUAUGGGGAAAUUAAAUGUGUGUGUGGUGAUGGCUUCACAUGCACAUCAGGUCCCCAAUGCUCCUCUAUAAAGAACAUUGGAAUAAACCGACGCAUGAGAAAGCCAUGCCUCCUUGCUGGAGAAGGAGCGGUAAGCAGUGCCGAGGGAGCCACAGCACUGGAAAUAAGUAAAAAACUAUUUUUAUUGUUUUUAUGGUGAACUGUGGGGGGGACCUGUAUAGAUAGGGACAGGGACACUAAAGCAUUAGGAAUAUGUUUGUAUUCCUAACGUCUUUGUGUUCCUAUAACUGGAGUGAGAUGUCUACAGCCUUAAGCUUUGGAAUUCUCAUUAAGCCAUUGCUGAAGUUUGAUCAGUAGAAAGAAAACUAUGAUUUAACCUUUGUCUCAAUUUUCAUGUUUGAACCUGCUUUUUCACUUUUUCAUAUUAGUAUCACUGCUACUGCUGCAAGUAUCGGAGCCGCAGGAAUCCCACAAGCAGGCUUAGUGACCAUGGUCAUUGUGCUGACAUCUGUGGGUCUUCCCACUGAGGACAUCACGCUGAUCAUUGCAGUUGACUGGUUUUUGUAAGUAUUUUAUACUUUAGAAGAAUUGUAUUAUGCCUCUGUACCUGUCUUUUUUUUUUCUCUCUCUCCAUCUGGUUAAAAAAAAAAAAAAUUCUAUCCUAUGAAAUUAACUUUAGCAUUUUUAUUAAGAAAUUAUAAAACAAAAAGUUGAAAAUCAAUAGUAGAAAGACACAACAUUAAACAUGAAAUCUGAGAUAAUUCAUAUUUUGAGCCCUGUGUCUGACAAUAAUUUAACAAUGCUUUCUUCCUCCCCUCAGUAUCAUGAUACUGGCGACUUGUUCCAUUGUGUUUCUGUUAGCAAACAUAAAAAAAAAAUAAAAAAUUGACAAUCAUCAAUGGAAAGAUGACUCAUAAUUAAGAAGAAAAUAUUUUAUUCCUACAGGCAGAUAAUUUACUUUCAAAAUGCUAUUUACAUUUUUAUAGAGAAGAUACGGCCUCAGAUGUAGGAAAAACCUACACUGUUGCCAUAGAGAAGGUUACGAAGGUAAUAGGGGGCAUGAACCCAAUUAACAUCAACACUUGAAAAAUAGAAAAAGUGAAGUUAGAUCUCCAAAUACAAAUUAAAUGGGACCCACCUCACUGGAAUUACCUCUAUUGUUAAAAUAUCAUAAAUGGUAAUAGACUUUAUUGAAAACCAAAUACACAUAGCAUAAACAAAUCCACGUAAAAAAAUGUGUAAACACAACCCACCGUGUAUAAGACAAAAAACCUGGGGUAGGAAUACUCAUAUACAUGUGUAUAUGCGGCUACGGUACUGGUUCAUGCUGUUGUUCUCUCUCGCCUUGACUAUUGCAAUCCCUUUCUCACCGGUCUUACAUGUUCCCAGCUUGCACCGCUGCAAUCUAUAAUGAAUGCGGCUGCGAGGCUUAUUUUCCUGUCCGGUCGCACCUCCCACGCCUCCACGCUCUGUCAGUCCCUGCAUUGGCUUCCAGUUAGAUAUAGGGCCCAAUUCAAAAUUCUGGCGCUUGCUUACAAAUCCCUACAUAAUGCUGCUCCAACAUACCUAUCCUCGCUCAUACAUAAGUAUGUCCCGUCGAGACCCCUGCGCUCAGCCCAAGACCUACGCCUAUCCGCUGCCCAGAUCCUAAAGCCUAUCAAUUAAACUGUCAGCAGGUUUCUCAUCCCCCACCCCAUGACUCCGUUCCUGCAACUGUCAAAAAUGACCUACCAAGCACUCAAUAAACCCUUCUGUAACAAACUAUUUAAUUCCCCUACUUUAACUCUUUGUGUCACUAUACCCCACUCCCUCUAGCAUGUAAGCUCAUCGAGCAGGGCCCUCAACCCCCUCUGUUCCUGUACGUCAGUGGUCUGAUCUCAAUUAUGUGUCUGUUAGUACACCCAUUGUACAGCGCUAUGGAAUUUGUUGGCGCUAUAUAAAUAAUAAAAUAAUAAUAAUAAUAACAAUGUGGAGAUCAGUAUCUGUAAUAUAUACUAUUGGAUUAAACCAGAAUAUGUAGACAGAUCUUCCAUAUAUAUAUAUUUAAAGUCAGGCUCAAAAUAUAGAAGGAGCGUUCAUUCCAUGCUCUGUCUCAGGUAUAAUUGACAAAGUGCCUUAUAUUAAUUAGACGCUGGACAUGCUGUGUCCAAGUGACCAGUCCUGUGGUCUAUACAAAUGAGUAAUCUUGGCUGCAUGCAGUAAAAUGGUCUAAAAAGACCUUGUUAGCAGAGAAGGUUUGCUGAUAUGAAUAGGCCUAGUGGUAAGGAUAGGAGCGAUGUCUUAAAGGAUACAUUGUAACUAGUAUAAGAGAAACUUAGAUACCAAAGGAAAAAUAAACUUGUAAUUUUUAAUAGAGAUAAUUCCAGUGAGGUGGGUCCCAUCUAAUUUUUAUUUGGAGACCUAACCUCACUUUUUCUAUUUUUCAAGUUAUCACAAUUUUACACUAAAUAAAACAGUGACAGUAUAUGUAUUCAUUAAUGUUAUUGAUCAAUUAAAUACUUGCGUAGCAAAACCUAAUGUUAAAAUUUGUUUAUAUUCUAGGGACCGUCUUCGUACCACAACAAAUGUGCUUGGAGAUUCACUGGGAGCUGGUAUCGUGGAGCACUUAUCUAGACAUGAGCUCAAAAGAGGAGAUCCUGAAAUGGGUAAUUCAGUUAUUGAGGAGAACGAAAUGAAGAAACCAUACCAACUCAUUUCACAGGAAAACGAACCAGAGAAACCCUUAGACAGCGAAACAAAGAUGUAGAAGAUCAUAGGAGUUUCUUUAACUGAUUGGAUCAUUCCAUUUCAUUCCCUUUUGGCUUUCGAACCAACUGGUGUGAUAGCAGGAAUACUGAUUAUUAAGUUAUCCAGAAAUAGCAGGUGCCUCAGUACCCCUUUAUAAAUGAUCCAAAUUAAAAGUUCUCUUGUCAUCGUGGCCCUGCUCCGAUUGUGCUAACCAGGUGAAAAUAAUGCCAUAUUCAUACACAAGAUUUUUUUUAAUUUCAUUUUAUUAUUUUUUUUCUGGGUAAAAAAAGGGCAUAUUGUCAAGACUUCAAAAAAGUCCAUUAGAUGAGAUAAACAUUUAUUACAGUGUCUAAUCCAAGUAAACAUGGAACACAGUAGGCUACAUCACGUUAAUAAAAAUGAAUUACGGACCUUUUAUACCCAUAUACUAUUUGAGAGCCAGAACAGCAUCCAUCGAUUGAAUAAAAUUAUAUUAUCAACUAUUGCUCGAAAGGCAAAGUAUUUUCUAUAAUUGUUUUUCUUUCCACAAAACAAAAUAUUUAGAUUCCAAUCCAUUUGGACAAUAGGAAAGCUUGGUGGAUUUAUGUUUGGUGUAUUAUAUCUAUAUAUUUUUUUUUUAUAACCUCCGGUGUCAAGUGUCACAAUGUCACAAUUACCUCCUAUAUUUUGGAUGCCCAUCUCGUUUGCUACAUGGGAGCUUAAUUUAAUAGAAAGUAUUACACAUUAUUCUGAAAGUGGCAUUAGGUUAUAUAAGUCGAUUACUUUGAAAAGCACAAACAAUAUUCAAAUUAUAAUUUUUAUUUGUAACAUUUACAUGAAAUGGAGUAGAUUCAUCUAUGAAAUAGUACAGAACUUUUCACGAGACCUUGAACCCAAAUGUACCUGCAGGAUCUUUUCCUGGAAGUGCUCAUAUUAAUUGUUCUGUAAAUAUAAAUAUGUGUGAGUAAAAAGAGAGAUUUUUUUUUUAUCGAAAGUGCACAGUAUGAAAUUUCAGAAAUGGUUCUCGAUACUAGAAUGUUAUACUGGGUACCUUUCAAAAGGAAAUACAGGCAUUACAAUUUAAGACAGAAAGAUAUACAUUACAGACAUUUUAUUUUGCUAAUAAGAAUAUAGAAAGCAAACUUAUAAAAUGUAAUUAGAGAUAUUUUUAUAAUAGAUUCUGUUUACAUGUGUACAAAAUGUAACUUUAACUCUAGCUGAUAGAACUUAACCGUAAUUUUUUUUUUGUCAUCUGUGAAAAUGUGUUGUCUUGUCCUAAUGUCAAAGUUUGUGCAACUAUUUGUAAAAAAAAAAAAAAACAAUUGUGUUUGUGACUUUUGACUAACUAUUUUCAUGAAUAUCAGGUACUGUAGAAUAUUCUUUCCACAUUCCAUUCACUGGUUCUGUUUUCAGAUGUACCCGGUGUGGACUGAAAAACUUUACUUUGUAGGAGUAUUUUCAAUAAAAAAUAGAUGAUAAAAUCGUU